AUUAAACUCAUUUUUACAUAUGCCACAAAAGAAGUUCAUUUCAUGUACCCGGUUCUAAAAUCACCUAUUUCAAUGCAAACUUUAAACCAUUUACCCUGAAUACAAACCACACAUCACCUCCGUUUACCUUGAUAAAUAAUGCACUCACAUCUCGACCUUUACCUUGGUAUACAGUGAACACACACCAAUGAGCUGAGCUGCGGAAGGGAGGGGUUAGUGCACCUGGAGCACUGAGGUCUGCCCUCCUCCCUUUUUUUUCCACUGACAUGAAGAAUUUAGAACCAGGAAGUGCUACCUCCCUCCUCCUCUUUGCUUUCACAUCCAGCUUCUGCUUUUUGUUUAUUUUCAAUGUCUUUUGUGACUCUCUGCCAAUCCAGGUCACACUGGCUCCACUCACAACUUGGUAUUUGAAGAGACCCUUUAUCACUGUUACUCUUUGAUCUGGCUCCUUGCAAACAGUAGCCAGCAGAUCUUGACCACUGGGAGGAUUAAGAAAACAAGCUUCCCACGACUGCUUUCCUUCUGACCUGUCUGGGGCUGAUUAUUUGAAAUCCUCCAAUGUGUUUGAAACCUGGAUCCUAGGCAUGUCCGAUUAGGUAAGUGAACUAAUUCAUGAAAAUCAACAAAAAGUAAUGUAUUGAUUUGCAAUGCAAUUUAUGCACCAUGCCAAGCUUGCCAUUAUUUAAUUCCAAACACCACCACCAGUUACAUUGCCAAAAUAUUGACCUAGAGCUUUGAUCUCUGCAUUAGUUUUUAAGACAGUUUUCCUUAUAUAAAGUAAUACUUUUGUUAUCCUUUUUUUAUUUUAUUUUUUUAAAAUAUAUAUUCUAUAGUAUGUACACUAUUUUGUAGCCAUGCAUUGGAAUUUUGAUUCACUAAAGGGACACUAUAGUCACCCAGACCACUUCAACUCAAUGAAGUGGUCUGGGUGCCAGGUCCCCCAGGUUUUCACCCUUCAGAUGUAAACUGCUAUGUUUACAUUGCAGGGUUAAUCCAACCUCUAGUGGCUGUCUUCCUGACAGCCACUAGAGGCGCUUCUGCGACGCUGGAUGCGAAACAGCGUGUAGAACGUCCAUAGGAAAGCAGUGAGAAAUGCUUUCCUAUGGACUGUUUGAAUGCGCGCGCGGCACUCAGGAGCUGAUGUCAGCAGGGGAGGAGAGGUCACCAGCGCCGAGGGAGCCCGGCGAUGGAUUAAUGUAAGUGCCACGAGAGGGGGGCCCUGAGGGUUGGGGGGUCCUAAGGAUGUUAUAGUGAUCCUUUAAACAUGUUUGCUGUCUUGUUACACAAUGUCAACCCAAUGCAAUCAAAAGAUACAAGGCAAAAUAGUGGCUAUUUUUGUCAUGUGUACAAGCUUGAAGGUGACAAAACUUGACAAAGGCGGAGCUUCUGCAAUCAGGUUUUGACAACUCCAAUAACCAUUGCUAUCACCAAAUUUGGAAAACCGAUAACUUAAAAGUCAUAAAAGUCAUAAAAGUUUGUCUAUGGAAGGACUUCUGGAAUCUGCCAUAGACUUUCCACUAAGUGGGGAUGUCGCCUUCGCGAGUCUUAUCAAAAUAUGCAAAGACCCCCAAAUAUGACAGAGCCACUUUAAGGAUCUUCCUUUGCAAUGCAAGCAAUAAUAUUGUUUUCAGAGUUCUUGGGGUAUAGCCUUUAAAUGUUUAUCUUCAAACCGUUGAGUUUGAAAUGCAGAUUAUUGUUUGCGCAAUGCUGUAAAUAAUAUUUAUUUAAAAAAGAGCUUAGAGCACUGUUCAUAAUGAUGCUGGUUUAAAUAGCUUUCAGCUAAGGUUGAGGUAGGGGGCACUUAUAGUUAUGGACUACUCUCUUUAGUUUGUUGGGUACAUGCUUCUACUUGAGCGCAAUGGGGACUUACUGCUUGCCACAGGAUGAGCAACAGUGGUGGAGUAUUAUAUAGCAGCAUGGCAUUAAUGCGUCUUUUAAACUGCAUAGGUACUGCGGUAUCCUAUCUUCUUCUUUCUGGCCACGUAAAAGUAAUGUGAGUUACUGUCUAGGUAAGGACUCAUGGGAGUUACAGUCCCCAGCAUUUCUAGUGUCCGCAAGUAAUCUUGUGUUCCAGAGCACUAAAUUUAUGGAUUACUGCUUGAUACAAUAUAAUUAAUAUAAUAGACCCCAUUAUAAACUGUGACAACACUUACUCUCCAUCCAGCCAUUUUUAACGUGCUUUUUUAUUGGGGACAUUUUGAGUGAAUGAGUCAUCUAAGCUUAUAUAAAGAUCUGCGAAAACCGUCCUAACCACACACCAAACCGGCUUCAGUUUAGGACAAAUUUACACUAGAAAGUAUGUGCCAGAAUUUUUCCAUCAAUUCUGAUUUAAGAUUUUUCACAUCCCGUAUACGUACACUGGAGUGUGGCCCCAACUUGAAACUGUGUUAAACUGGUCAACGCAUGUUAAAGGGAAACUGUCACUACUUAUCUGGCCCUCUGCUACGAUCUCCAUAACUAAUUUACCCUUCAGGGCAAUCCUCCUCCCUGAUGCCAUCGUCAAUUUACUAUGGCUGGAGAGAUGUUCAGUGGGAGGUCUUCUGCUCGCCUUGUCUUUCAAUACCUUGCCAUUGAGUGUCUGCCAAGGACAGAAGGGAGCAAAAACUAUUAUAAAAAAGGUUUUUAUCCCAUUCUAUACAUUUGUUAGCACAAUAUACAGACAUAAAUGUCAUGCUCUAAAUCUAAUGAGCAUAUGUUAUUUGAGGCAUGACCGAUUUAUUUUAACACAAUGGGAAAAUGUGUUUUGUUUUGUUUUUUUCUAAACAAAUCGCAUCCACUUCUGGUUCUUACAAACAUCUUAUUACAGCAUAACUCCUAAGUGUCCCCAUUUAAGAGGGACAGUCUCUGUUUGAGGCCCAAAUCACUCUCUCCUCUACAGCAAUAAUACUCCCAGUAAUGUCUUUUUAAUGUGUUUAUAAAUGUGUCUGUGUAAAUAUUAUACAUUGUUCUUGUUAUAAAUUGUAUUUUAGUUGUAUAAAUUAUUAGAAAGUAACCUAAACCUUCUCAGAACAGCGACCCCCACCCCUUCCCUCCCCCCAAUUAAAGUGUCCCUCAUUUGCUAUGUUGGGGGUAUAUUAUAGGGUUACUUACUAAAUUUCAAAGUCAUUUUUAAAUGUUAGCUGAAUCUAGCUGUUUUCUCAAGCAUCUAUUGUAUGUGUUGUUGUUUUACCAUAUAAUUAGGCCACAGGUCACAGUGAUAAAACAAAAAGGAUGUAAGGAUCCUUUGGUGACGUAUUGCGAGAAAAUUUCUGAGUUUGAAACUAGUUGGGCUACUAAUUAGUUUGAAAAUAGGACUUCAUUGAAUAACAUAGCCUUCUUCCUCUGAGUAAGCAUACCCCAUGGAGUUCUUUGUGGACAAGAGUAUUCUGGAAGAACCAGAAAAUCCAGGUAAAUAGAGUUCUACAAUAGGACUGGUAAAUCAUUAGGGAUGUAUCAGAUUAGUAUGAUUGUAAAUUCUUUGGAUGCAUGACCUUGUUAUACGUAACUUAUAAUUAACAUGAAUAAGCAUAGUGGGGGUUUCAUUCAUUCAUGCCUACACUGUGGCAGCGAUAAAGUUAUAAAGAAAUUACGCAUUUAAAAAUAUUGUUCUAGUCUAUAUUUAGAUAUUGAGGUACACGUUUGCCAAGUUUUGAUUCUAUAAUGGUACAAGCAAAGAAAUGAUUCCAUACGACAAAUAAACUGGUAGGUAGUAUUUUUCAGAUUCAUUGUACCAGGAAUGGCUGCUACUUUUGGUUCUCAAAAUUUUUUUAUUAGCAAAUCAGGUACUCUAAAGAAGUGACACACCCCACACCCCAGCUGUGUUAACUACAUCUCAACAAGUAUUUUUAGGCAAGCAAAAGCAUAGUUGAUAGAAGGGAGCUAGAUCAAUGGUGGAACUAAUGUACAGAAGGCCAUCGUGCAAGAAAUGUUUUUGCCCUCCCCCCCUCGCAAGGGUGGCCAGAAGGUAAAUUCCCAUCUGUCGUACAACACCCACGAUGCAAUGCCAGCUGGGCAUCUACCAUUUUCCCAUCCUUGCUAGGUUGUAUUUGUGAGCAGUGUUUGUACGUUUUAAAUGUAAUUAUGUUUUCCUAUGGAGUACGUGUGUGUAUACAUAUAGAGGUGUAUUUGUAUUUGCCAUUGGAAUGCAACAUUAUUCUAUGUAAUGUUUGAGUACAGGGGUGUGUUUGUAUGUAGUUUUGGCUUUUAAAGGAAUACUAUAGUGUCAGUAACACAAACGUAUUCCUGUCACUAUAGUUCUAAAAGCACUGUUUAGGCCCCUUUGCCCCCGUUAAAGGUGUAAAACUCGCCUACUUUCCAGCACCACCUGUGUCUCAUCAUAUUUGAUGAUAUCAGCCAAUCCAAUGGUUCCCCAUAGGCUACUGCACCAAUCAGCAUCUCCUCAUAGAUAUGUAUUGAAUGUGGAACGUUAAGCACCUCCAUGCAGAGUGUGUAGACUCUCAAUGUCAGUGCUGCAAUGACCGAGGAAUUGCCUCUAGUGGCCGUCUAAGUGACAGUGUUUACAUUAAAAAGCCUGCAGGGACAUACUAUACACACCAGAACAUCUACAUUAAGCUGGAGUUGUUUUGGUGACUAUAGUGUCCCUUUAUAUGCAGGCAUACUUUUGUGUGUAGUAUUGGUGUUUUGAAUGUACAGGUGUUUUUGUAUAGAAUUUUGGUGUUUAGCUGCAGGAGUGUGUUUGUAUGUAAUGUUUGUGUUUGAAUGCUGGGAUGUAUGCACAUAUACACAUAAGCUGACAUACAUACUCAGAUACACACUGACACAUACUCAAAUAUACAUACACUGACACACAGAUACACAUACCAACACACACACUGAGAAACACAUAGAUACGCACAAACACAUUGAUACUGACACAUAGAUAAAUACACACAUACAUGUAAUAACGUUUAUAUUUUUUGUCGACCUCCUGUUAACAUGAAUUUUUUUAAGUGCAGGACAGUGGCUUCCUACUGGUGUCCGAGGCUGAUGGGAGUGUGGGGCUGGCUGGAGCAGGCCCACUCCUUGCUUCUUUGUGGGAGGAAGUGACUGGCUCUUACUUCCUCCCAGCGAUCGAUACUACAGGCUCAAUUCAAUCCUUUUAAAGGGCCAUGGUGCCUGACUGUUCUGCAAUAUCCAUCGGGUGGCCUUAAAGGGACACUAUAGUCACCAGAACAACUACAGCUUAUUGAAUUUGUUCUGGUGAGUAGAAUCACUACCUUCAAGAUUUUUUCUGUAAACACUGUCUUUUCAGAGAAAAUUCAGUAUUUACAUUACAGCAGGGCUGUCCAACAUGCGGCCCCCCAGAUGUUGCUGAACUACAACUCCCAUGCUUCCCUGGCUAUCUGUUUCAUUGAAAGAAUCGUGGGAAUUGUAGUUCAGCAACAUCUGGGGGACCGCAGGUUGGACAGCCCUGAAUUACAGCCUAGUGAUAACUUCACUUGCCACUCCUCAGAUAGCUGUUAGAGAUCCUUCCUGGGUCAUGGCUGCCUCAAAUGCAUCCAAACAUUCAGUAUCUCCUCCCUCUGCAUGCAGACACUGAACUUUCCUCAUAGAGAUUUAUUGAUUCAAUUCAUCUCUUUGAGGAAAUGCUGAUUGGCCAGGGCUGUGUUUGAAUUGUGCUGGCUCUGCCCUGACCUGCCUCCUUGUCAGUCUCAAUUCUCUGGGGAAGCAUUGUGAUUGGAUCAGGCCGCCACUUCUGAUAACGUCAGAGGUCAGAGAAAGUUCAGAGGCAGCAGCUUUAGACUUGAAUACAAGUAAGAUUGUACUAUCUUUAGGAAGGCCAAGGGGGCUAGGUAGUGGUUUUAACACUAUAGGGUCAGGAAUACAUGUUUGUGUUCCUGACCCUAUAGUGCACCUUUAAGUGAAGUUCCACCGCUCAGCUACAUGGAUAUGUGUGUGUGUGUGUAUAUAUGUUUUGAUUAGAUUGAGCAUGCAUUAAUAUCUAUACACUGUGCUAGCAGUUUUGCUUACAAAUGUAUAGAUUAGGAGGAAAAUAUAUUUAAAAAUAGGCUUUUCUGCCAGCUGGUAGUCUAUGCCUCCGCGUACCAAAGCAUUGACUGACAAGGGCGAGCAGGAAAGACCUCCCACAGGCGGUCCUUCUUCUCUCCUAAGCAUAGCAACCACAGUGAAUGUAAUUCUGUGUAUAGAAAUAUUUACAAAAGUGACAUUAGCCAGCAUGGAACUCUUGUUCCAGGCUGGCCAAAUACUCCCUAAUGACACUGCCGGAAGUGGAGUUAAACCUGCUGACUCCAGCCAACAUAACCACUUCGAAUCACUGAAGUUGUCAUGAUACUUCUUGUGACAAACGACCCGUGGUCUGGUCGUUUGCCACGAGCUCCUGGAGAAGCCUGCUUGCCAGCCUCCUGCCUCAGGACUAUGGGCCCUGCAAUAAACUUUGCCCAAUGCACUUUAAAAGGUUCUGUUCAUGUGAUUUAUGUACGUUUGUACUCCAGAAAGAGAGACCAACCGUUAGUCCUGAUUCCCUGGAACUGUUUUGGGCAUAGGACCAUGUGCAAAUUAGCUUACCCACGUGUGAUUUCGCUCUAACUGUAUUGUGAUGUGAUAUAUAUAUAUAUAUAUAUAUAUAUAUAUAUAUAUAUAUAUAUAUAUAAUUUUUUAUUUUUUUUAAAUACACGUAGAAUCUUCUUUUAAUGCUCCGGUGCUGUCUUUUAAUGCUCCGGUGCUGUCUCCAACCAAAUUGUAUACAAUACCAGUAGAGAGCACUCAGGAGUCUUUCAAGGUAAAUCUCAUCUGUUGCUUUAUUGAGCAAUUACAAAUUCACACAACGUUUCAGUCGACGUUUCAGACUGUAAAAAACUUGAAAGACUCCUGAGUGCUCUCUACUGGUAUCGUGUGUAUGUGUGUGUGUAUAUGUAUAUGUGUGUGUGUGUAUAUAUAUAUAUAUAUAUAUAUAUAUAUAUAUAUAUAUAUAUAUAUAUAUAUAUAUAUAUAUAUAUAUAUAUAUAAUAUAUUUCUACGUAUAUAUUUAUGUAAUAAUGUUACAUAAUUAGGUCAUUUUAUUAAUUACAACCUGCAGGACCUGCCUGACAACCCAGGCCAAAAGUCCAGGGAAUUUACUUUGCAAGCCCUAUAUUUAACCCUGUAACUUUCCAAGACACCAUAAAACUUGUACAUGGGGGGUGGGGUACUGUCUUACUCGGAAGACUUCGCUGAACACAUAUUAGUGUUUCAAAACCGUAAAAUGUAUUACAACGAUGAUAUUGUCAGUGAAAGGGACAUUUUUUGCAUUUUUCACACACAAAUGGCACUUACACGGACGAUCUUGUUGUGAUACGUUUUACUGUUUUGAAACACUAAUAUUUGUCUCCUGAGUAUAACAGUACCCCUCAUGUACAGGUUUUAUGGUGUUUUCAAAAGUUACAGUGUCAAAUAUAAGACUUGCAUUUCAGUUUUUUCACGUUGAAAUUCGCCAGAUUGGUUACGUUGCCUUUGAGACCGUAUGGUAGCCCAGGAAUGAAAAUUACCACCAUGGUGGCAUACCAUUUGCAAUAGUAAACAACCCAAGGUAUUGCAAAUGGGGUAUGUCCAGUCUUUUUUAGUAGCCACUUGGUCACAAACACUGGCCAAAAUUGAUGUUCAUAUUAGUUUUUUUGCAUUUUUCACACACAAACAAAUAUAAACACUAACAUUGGCCAGUGUUUGUGACCAAUGGGGGUAAUUCUCAUUCCUGGGCUACCACACGGUCUCAAAGGAAACGUAACCAAUCUGGCAAAUUUCAAUGUGAAAAAAUGGAAAAAUGUGACAUGCUUUAUUUGACCGUGUAACUUCCCAAAACACCAUAAAACCUGUACAUAGGGGGUACUGUUUUACACGCGAGACAUCGCUGAAUACAAAUGUGUAUUUUAUUGUAGUAAAAGCUAACAGUAUUAUGACAUUCACAGCUAAAAUGUCACAUAAACAAAAAAUUUUUUUUUUAAUUCUUAUUUUCUCCCAUUUUUAAAUAUUUUAUUCAAAUUAAAUUAUGUUUCAUACCUUAAUAUUUGAUGUUAAAUGAAAGCAUUCCAGUUCAGAGAUUCCACUGUAUAAGGUCCAGAAGAUCCACAAAGCGUCACUUUUAAUAAAAUUUACGGAAUGAAUGCAUCCAGCAAGAUGCACAUUUACAAAUUAUCAUUCACUUGCUUUCAUGUGAAUGAUAAUUUUAAGUACUAAAUAAUUUUUUAAAAAACGUGCUAGCCAGCCUUCACAUUACAAAAGCGAAAAAUGUAAAAGUGCUUAAAAAUCAUAUGAUGGUAAAAAAAACUAUACCUACCGGUAUAUUACUAUAAUGGAGGUAUAUUACCUCCAUAUGCUCCACCGUGCCAUGCAGGCCGAUGGAGGGCAUGUGUGCUAUAUGUUUAAACCUAGCCACUGGGCAGCUAUCGCUCGAAAAGGUCCAAUCCUGUAGGGAUGGGAACUGUGAAAUAAUGGAAAGGAACAUAGUCCAUCACCUGUAGCAGUUGGAUGGUGGCUAUUCUAAUACUUAUGGGGAGGCAAGUGGAGACCCAAAUAUCAAUGUUCAUGGAGGGAGGACCGAAUGUAAAAAAAAAAAAAAAAAAAAAACCUGGUCAAGCUUAGUUACCAUGGGUGCCUGAAAACAUCUGCACAACCCCCUCUCCCCCACCUCCCCCCAUACAGCAGUUGGAAUGAUAGGUGAUGUUGAUUCUCUCCACUGUUGCACAAAUGUAUGUGUCUGUCUGUCUAAGAUAGAGGCACCUACAACCUUACUGUGUAUUAUGUACUCUAGUCAUUAUAUUCAGGGCCGCACAACUUGUCCUAAUAUAAAUAAGCGAUAACAGUGUGUAUGUUGGAUACCACAUAGUUUGACCAUGACAUGUAGGGCACUUGGGAGCAUUAGUUCCACAUAGGUGAGCCAUCUUGGAGAAAACAGACAUAAUCUUCAGGUAAACAUCAGUUUUAAUCUGUACAUUUGCUAUUGAUUUAAAAUGACUUUCAUUUCACUGGGGAUGUGUGGGGACAGUGCAUGUGACAAACACAGGGGGAUUUUAAGUUUCCUCUCACUCAGAUGCUGACCAAAUCACACACUUGCAAAGUCUCAAACCCAGAUUUACAUUUCGUGCUGGCUGAUGUAAUACUUUUCAUGAGUCAUUGCAGGACUCCUUGCUGCAAGUUCCAGAACCAUGGCAAGUUGUGCAAUAUUUCACUAAACAAAGCCCCUAUUAGAGGUUGUGGUGUCCAGCAAUCUACACAAGGCAGCAACAAUAAGCCAUCACCUGGUGUCACUGGGCAAAAUUAUUAAUGCCAUUGGGUGACCAGACCUACAUAGAACAUCUGUCACCAAAACACAUGGGACUUGGGCAAUUAGGUGAGAUACGAUAAUUAUGUGAAAUCAUUGUAAACUAGGGCCCUGCAAAUUCCAGUUUUUUUUUUUUUUUUCUUCAAAUUCUGAAUCAAAUUAGGGUAAAAAGUCUGGAAUAGAAUACUGUGUAAUUGUAUUGGCAUGACCUGAAGUCUUGCUGGAUUUCCUCUAACACUUCUCUAGAAGAGAAGCAACUCUAUUUUAUCGGACAUGCCUGGGGCACAUUUUCUCUAUUAUUAAAACCCUACAGGGAUUUUAUAACUCAUGAUUUGGUAAGAAUAAACAGGGACAAAUCAGAAUACAUUUUCCAUAGAUUAGGUUAUAUAAAUCGAAACAUAACUAUUAUAGCAUAAAAACAAAUACCAAAAACUUGAUUUCAUUUUCAGGAUUUUGGGAAUACCUCAUACUAGCAUUUCAUUCUCAUAUUUGGUUGUGAUAAUUUAUGGAAAAAAGUGCAUCAGAUAUUAGAAUUUAACUGUUCUGUGUCCAGGUGGGGUCUAGCACCCUCAAGGUGACUGCAUACGUGAACAACAUGAUAUUCUUCAUCACUACACCUGAAACAACGCUCCCUGGCAUUGUGAGGGAGGUCUGGCAAAACUGGGCCCUUUCUAACUCUUAAGAUCAUCUUCUCCAAAUCCAGGCUCCUAAGUAUCAGCUAGAGGUCAGUUCCAAUGCUUCAGUUUCACAUUUCAGUAGUCAGAUCAGACAAUUAAAUAAUUGGUAGGUGUGGCUAACCCAGGGAUCUUUCACAGCUAUAAUGAGCCAAUUUCCUACCAAUGCUUAACUCCUUCUGAUUGGAAUUUCCCUCACAUAUCUUGGCUGGGCCUUAUUGCAGUGACAUCUUACCACGUUUUCUCUACCUCUUCCAAACGCUCCCAAUACAAAUCCCACAUGCAUACUUUGCAUGCCUCCAAUACUUAUUGAUUAGGAACAAAUGGGGCUCUAGAAAGCCAAGGCUGAGGUUUCAGGUUCUGACAAUGCCCAAGACGGAGGGGGUACUAGCACUGCCGACCUCCAACUAGAUUACCAAUCCUCUCACUUACGAGUAGUGGAUUCUAUCAAGUAAGGUGUGCAUAAAUUAUGGAAAAGAUGCACCACCACUCCUUAACCUCUGGUACACCAAUAUAGAGGAAUUAAGAUAAUUAGAGGAAAUAAACCUUGCAGCUAUGGGCAAAUCUUAAACAUACACCGAAAUGUGGGCACAGUGGCUGAUCUCAGCCGACAAGGAAGAAUUCCAGCAAUUACUAAUCUUUAGGUGAUGAGCAAGGAGUCACCAGCUAGGGGGGAGGUGAAAGUUCUGCCUGGGUGGGUGGAGGUCCUGGGUCGCCAGGCGAUGGUGAGACUGGGUGUGGAAGGGGAUGUGAUGAAGGAUCCUACACACCGGCACUGAGUUGGAGAUGCCAAGGAGGGAUGGGUUUAUCCCAAGCAAUAUUCACCUGAUGCCUGGGAGAAACUGAGACAAAUACUGUAACUUAACUUUUGUGAUUCUGUUUUGUACUUUCAGAAUAUUUAUGUUUACAAACUGGACUUGAAUUAUUUGCCAUGCAAUACAGUUGUUUGGGACUUACUGAUGUGAUUUCCAUUAACUAUGCACUAUUUAACGGAGACCUCAGAGUUUCAUAUCACCCAGCUAUAUAAUCUGAUUUUUAGGUCCUUACCAAACUUAAAGGAUCAAUAUAGGGUCAGGAUCAUAAACAUGUAUUCCUGACCCUAUAGUGAAAACCCACCAUUUAGGUGGCUUGCCCCCCAUCCUACCCCCCAAGCCCCUCUGAAUGGAUUAAAAUCUUAUUUACGGGUCUGCCGGUGCUGGCCCCGUCCCCUUGGUGACUUUUUCAAAAGUGCAGAUAUUUAGCCAAUUCAAUGCUUUCGCAUGGGGAAAGCAUUGGAUUGGCUAAAAUCAGCAAGAGGGCCGGACCAAACACCGGUUUGGCCAAUCAGCACCUCUUCAUAGAGAUGCAUUGGAUCAAUCCAUCUCUAUGAGGAAAAUUCAGCAUCUCUGAAAAGGCAGUGUUUUAAUAAAAAUGCCUGAAUGGAGCUAUUAUACUCACCAGCUGUAGUUGUUCUGGUGACUAUAGUGUCCCUUUAAGUACCUGCGCAUCCCAUUGUGUUACAUUUUUUGGAAACCUUUUGAAAGCCAGGAUUAAAAAUAUUUGCAAAAAAAAACCUGUUCUUGAAAUUGGUAUGCAUUUUUUAAAAAGAAGACCUUCCACCUGAGAUUUCUAUCUUGCUAAUUUUGGGCGUUUGACAUUUUUUUUAUACUGACAUUUGAUAAAUGUUCUGAAAUUUAUUUUUCUAUUAAUCUGUCAAAUAGCCUAUCUAAGGCUAUAAUUACUCCCGGAUGCCUCAGAAUAAUGUGCUGCAAACACCACUCUAAAGACUGUGACCAUCCUAAUUAGGAGCAGGUUCUGUGUUUUCUGUUGCAGAGGGCUCAAACUCCAUCACAGUGGGGGGGAGCAGGAGACUUCAUGCAAGAAGAUUAACUGUCUCUCUCGCCUACAACCCCUACUAGUUGGCACCAUAGACUUGCCUUGACAAUAGAGUUCUCCUUUGAGAGACAUGACUUAAAGGAACACUCACAAAUGACUCCAGCCUCCUUAACAACUUUAUCGCAAUGACAUUGUUAGGUUCCCCCUGUCUACUGUCUCCACCACUGGCGGUUGUACAGUCCAGGGAAGUUUGCAUUGACGGCCAGUGAUGGGUAGAGAGUCCACUGUACACUGAUUGCAAGUAAUAAUAUGUACUAUUACUUACAGUGAGCAGCCAGGGAUCAUGUGACAUUCUCAGCCAAUAACUAUCCGCAAAGGUAAUGCUUUCCUGCUCAUUUCAACAGCAGGAUGACUGAGGGAGGCAGUGCUGACUGGCGCCUGGGGACAACUUUGAGGUUAAAACGUUAGGAAACAGUGACAGCUGCUUUAACUUUUUUCAAAUUUGCAAAGUAAUUUAACACUGCUGGACAUUGUUGUAAUUUAAUCUCAGGUAAAAUUUUGAAAUGUAUAAUGCAAGCAUUGUGUCUUUUGAAAAGCAUUUUUUACCCACCGGUUAAUUUUUCUUAUCCUCUUGCUUUUAUGAACUAAUGUUUUGUAGGGUUUUUUUUUUCCCUAUUUUAUUUUUUUUUUUUUUUUAAAUGUUUGCUAUUAAUGCAUAGUAUAACCUAUAUAUGCUGAUCAUCUACAUCAUUAAAACUAUUCACUUCACUGAUAGGUGAAGUAAAUACCAUUGAUUUAUAUCAUUACAAUAGUACCUGUUAAGUGGUGGGAUAUAUUUAGGCAUCAAUUGAACAGUCCGUUUUGGAAUUUCAUAUGUUGGAGACAGGAAAAGAUCUGAGUGACUUUGACAAAGGCCAAGUAGUGAUGGCUAGACACACAAGAUCACAGCAUCUCCAGAACGCCAAGUCUUGUGGGAUGUUUCCAGGAUGCAGUGGUUAGUACCUACCAAAAGUGGACAACCGCUGAAGCGGCGUCAGUGUCAUGAGCACCUAAGGCUCAUUAUGUACGUGGGGAGCGAAGGCUGGCCCAUCUUGUCCGAUUACACAGAGUUACUGUAGCUCAGAUUGCUGGAAAACCGAAUGCUGGCCAUGAUAGAAAGGUGUCAGAAUUUGUUUUGAAUGGUUUGACUUGUUAACUGGAGUCUGCUGGGCCCUGAUUUCCACCUCCACUACCAUCACCGGAAAGUCGGAUAUUCCUUAGCAGGAACUUCUGUUGGCUCUCCUGUACUACGCCAUGUAAUGCUAAUCGCUCUCAGCCAACAAGUAAAGCCUUGCGUUGGGCAUUUGGAAAGGGGAGCUAUACAGCACCACUGACACCCUAACAUAGGUUUAUACACAUUUUUGAUUUAGUGUAGAUACUUUCUCUAGGUGCCUCACUUCACAUGGGGUCCCCCAAUAUGGCUGAUCAGCUUAACUGACAACUGGAUCUGGAUGUCCACCUAUGAGUGCUCAGAGAACAGAAUAGGACCCCAAAUAAGGUUGAACUCUGCUCUCUAUAUCAGGAGGGUAGGCUCUCUUUCAUACACCGGAAAAUACAUCAGUCACAGUACUUGGCAUGUGUUCAAAAUUGUUAAAGUAGUUAGAAACGUGCUGUUAGAAAGAAUGUUCGGUUAGAUUAACCACAGGGUGUACCACGCCCAGGCGCCAGGGAGCUGCGGUGGGGGAUGCCGAGAGUAGCGGGCCAGUGACAGAACUACACAGUAGUGAGUAUGACCGGGUUCCACCUGUCACAAGGGACCCAGGAGGUAGCCGACUGGCCACCUAAGAGUCCCCCAGAGGCAGGUCAUUUUCAAGACAGAGGCGAGCUAGAGCUGAUGUUCUUGCUUUUCCUUGUCUUGCAAUAAUACUGGGUGUCAGGAUAUGGAAGAUUUUAGGAGCCAAUGGCCUCCAGGGAUAAGAUCCCCACUGGACCCCAGGGAGAAGGUGCCUGUGACAGUAGUCACCAUCACUGGGGGCUGAAGACUGACUCUUUAUGUAGGUCCCCAGGUUAUUCUUAUGUCUUUGUCACCCUGUGCCCAUUCUAGGUGUAGGGCGUGUAUAAUGUAUUGUUGUUUAAAAAAUGUUUGUGUGCUCUCCUGCCCUGCUGACGCAUGCAGUCAACUAGGUGGAUAACUAGGUGGACUAGGUGCAAUCAACUUGCAAGGAUCUUGAAGCAACUAUAGGCACUAUCUGAAUAGCAAGGCUUGUUAAUUUGCAUAUUCAGGUAGAUUUGCAUAUUAUUAGUUCCUUUUGGAGCUGUGUUUCCAUUUUUGAUUUGUUCAGCGAUCCCAUUAACUGAGUCUUCAGACAUUUUGGCUGGCUGCAUGGUCCCUGUAGCUGGGAAAAUUCAAAAACAGCUAGGCCUGCAAAUGCCUUUUAAAGGUAGUAGCUAGUCACAGUGCAGGCAGAGGUGUAGAUACCUACUUGGGAGGAGAGCUACAGAGGGGACAAUACCUGUCUGGAAGGAGAGAGAUGCAGCGCAGUCUGGUGGAAGAGCUCCUGAGUGCCCCCCAGUCAGUGGGGCUGAGGUGUUCCAGGAUACUUGAAAGUGGCUAGGAAGCAGACUAUGCAGAGGUACUUGAUCAGAGUACUGGAGCUCCUUUACAAUCCCCACUGGACACCCAGGGAGAAGAUCCCUACUGGACCCCAAGGGAGAGGACCCACACCAUCUCUCCAUAAGAUAGAGAGUGGAUUAAAAAAGAAGUAGGACUACAAAAUUAAAUUAAAUAUAUGCAAGAAUGUGUAAAUGUGUCCGUUAUUGAGUGUGUUUCAACUGUGUGAGAGUGUGUCUGUCAUUGAGUGUGUGUCUGAUUACAAAAUAGGCUUAUAGAUGGAGAGGUGGAGUUGUUGCCUUAGCAACAUCCAUGUCUGGACUGGACAUUUUUAAAGGGGAGGGGUUAGUAAGAUGACCACGCCCAAUGGGGGACACCCAGACAUAUGUGACUCUAGGAUUUGUGGUGCUUGAGAUUUAAUUGCGUCCAAUUAACCCCUUAACGUUGUUCUUGCAUUGCAUGCCGUCCGCAUUAUAAUGAGCUUUAAAGCCAUUGCGACAGCAUGAAACACCGUAACUGCUUUCAGCCCCAGGUGCUCCAAGUAACUUACCUGUGCCUCGAGCUUCUCGGGGACUGCCUGACACUCCAGGGAGUCCCCCUAUGCUGAAUUUGGCUCCCGCAGGCCAUGUGUUCACUCUGAUAGUCCCCCUAGUGCUGAAAAUCGAAAAAAACAAAAACAAGUUGUAAAAUGUUUCACGACGAUGAUACAUCAUCAGUGAAAGGAAGUAUUGUGUAAAAAACAAAAACAAAUAUGACUGCUGUGGCCAGGGUUUCUGUCAAAGUGGCAACUAAAAAGAAAGGACAUACUCCAUUUUGAAAACCCUGGGUUGUCUACUUUUUCAAAUUGUAUGCCAUAUUGGGGGUAAUUCCAAUUUCUGGGCUUCCAUAGAGUCUCAAAGGCAACAUAACUAAUCUGUCAAAUUCAAAUAUACAAAAACAGAAAUAGGCAAGUCUUUUAUUUGACCCUGUAACUUUCCAAAACACCAUAAAACCUGGACAUGGGAGGAACUGUCGUAUUUGUGAGACAUUACUGAACACAAAUAUGAGUGUUUUGUAACACUAAAACGUAUAAAGCUGAUAUCAUCAUUGGUGAAAGGGCAGUUUAUUUGUGAAAAUUAACGCUAACUUUGGCCUAUGUUAGUGACUAAGUGUCUAUUAAGAAAACUGGAAAAACACAAUUUUGCAUAUCCUGGAUUGUCUACUUUUCCAAAUAGUAUGCCAUGAUGGGGUUAAUUUUCAUUUCUAUCCUGCCAUAUGGUCUCAAAGGCAACAUAACCAAUCUGGCAAAAUUCAAUGUGUAAAAAAUGGAAAGGGGAUAGCCUUAUAUUUGACCCUGUAGUAUUUCAAAACUCCAUAAAACCUGUACAUUGGGGGUACCUUUGUACUUGUGAGACACCGCUGAACACAAAUUUGUGUAUUUUAUUGCAGUAUAAGCUAACCGUAGUAUGAUAUUCAGACAUUCACACGCAGAACUAAGAAAAUAAAAUUUCUUAAAUAGUUUUUCGUUUAUAUCUCUAUAAAAUUUUAAAUCAUAUAUUUAUGACAGAUAUAAGAUGUGAAAUGAAAGGCCUAUUUCUCCUAAACAAAAUGAUAUAUAAUAAGUUUUGGUGCACUUAUUUUGAAAGAGGUGACUUGUGGAUGAACAACCAUAUACUCCAAUUCUGUUUGUUUUGAUGUAUUCUUGAUCAGAACGUGUACUAUUGACGCAGUCCUUAAAGGGAUACUACAGUGACAGGAAUACAGAGCUGUAUAAUUGGUCAAGCUCAUUUGUUUUGUGUAAACCUUUUUAUUUUCCUUUCUGAAGUUAGUCCUGCUUUUAACUGAAUGAACACUAUAGAAACCCAGACCCUGCAAUGUAAAUCAUUGUAGUUUUAGAGAAGCUGCAGCGUUUUCAUUGCAGUAGGAAGACUGCUACCAGACAGCCACGGGAGGCGCUUCCUGGAUUUUGCAGAGUUUGAUUUCCUGAGGGCGCCCAGCAUCAGAGAAAUCCUUAUAGGAAAGCAUUGAUUCAAUGCUUUCCUACGGGGAAGAUCUGAUGCGUGCGUGGCACUAGCUGUGCAUGUGCAUUAUAUCCCCCAUCGGAUGACAUCGGGGCGAGGGGGCUGAGAAAUACAGCUUUGUAUUCCUAACAUUAAAGUGUUCAUGUAAAUAGCUUAGAAAUUCUAAUACAAAAAACUGAUUUUCUGCUCAUUUUACAUGAAAUGUGUUGUUCCCUCCCCUUUCAAAUUUCUUUAACCCCUUAAGGACUGGACUGUUUUUGCGAUGUUGUACAUUUGCGACCAGGCAUAUUUUUACACUUUUGUGGUGUUUGUGUUUGGCUGUAAUUUUCUGCUUUCUCAUUUACUGUUCCUAUACAAAUUAUAUAUUGUUUUUUUCAGGACAAAAGGGGCUUUCUUUACAUACCAUUAUUUAUAUAAUCUCAUGUAUUUUAAUUUAAAAAAAAUAAAAAAAUCUGAUGAAAAAUUGAAAAAAAUACAUGUUUUUUGACUUUUACUUGAAAAAUCUUUUACUCAUCUACAAAAGCGAAUGAAAAAAGCUGCUAAAUAGAUUCAAAAUUUUGUCCUGAGUUUAAAAAUACCUAGUGUUUACGUGCUUUUUGCUUUUUUUUGCAUGUUAUAGGGCUAUAGGUACAAGUAGGAUAUUGCGGUUUCAAAACAUACAUUUUAAAAUUUAUCAAUAGUGACAUUGUAACACUAUUAUUCGUCAUAAAUCUCUGAAUAACACCCCACAUGUACAUAUUUUUUUUAAAGUAGACAACCCAGGGUAUUCAAUAUGGGGUAUGUCCAGUCUUUUUUAGUAGCCACUUAGUCGAAAACACUGGCCAAAGUAAGCAUUCAUAUUUGUUUGUGUGUGAAAAAAGUAAAAAAACUAAAUUGAACGCUAAUUUUGCCAGUGUUUGUGACCAAGUGGUUACUAAAAAAGACUGGACAUACCCCAUUUGCAAUACCUUGGGUUGUCUUCUUUUGCAAAUGGUAUGCCAUCAUGGGGGUAAUUCUCAUUCCUGGGCUACCAUACGCUCUCAAAGGCAACGUAACCAACCUAGCCAUUUUCAAUGUAAAAAUAUUUGACCCAUAUUUGACCUUGUAACUUUCAAAAAUACUAUAAAACCUGUACAUGGGGGUACUGUUUUACUCAGGAGACUUUGCUGAACACAAAUAUUAGUGUUUAAAAACUGGAAAACGUAUCACAACAAUUAUAUCAUCAGUAAAAGUGCUGUUUGUGUGUGAAAAUGUAAAAAGUAAUAUCAUCGCUGUGAUAUGUUUUACUGUUUUGAAUCACUAAUAUUUGUGUUCAGCGAAGUUCCCUGAGUAAAACAGUACCCCCAUGUACAGGUUUAGGUGCUGUAGAGAACGCUACAGGGUAAAAUACAGUGCUAGCAAAUUAAAUUCUUCUGGAAUUCUCAGCCCGGCUUAAGUAAGGUCCCUUAAAAUUGCAAUCAAUAAAAUUACUGAAUUAUAGAAAAUAUUACAUAGAAUACGACGUAGAAUUUAAAUAUAUAUGCAUUAUUUAUAUAGUUUCAGUUCAAUGUAUAUUUACAAUAUUAUGUAAUUUUGUAUAUGGACGUAUGUAUAUUUCUUAUUAUUUUUAUUUAUUUUAUAUAUACAUAGAUAUAUAUAUAUAUACAAAUUAUUCUAAGUGUAUUUUGAUAUAAAUAUAUAUAUACAAUUUUAAAAUACAGUUAGAAUAAAUUUAUAUAUUAUAUAAUUUUUUUUUUUAAAUUUUUAUUAUUUAAAAAAAUUUUUAUUUAAUUUAAAUUACUUAUUUAUAUUUUAUAAUAAUAUAUAUAUAUAUACAAUAUAUAUAGUUAUUAUAUAUAUUAUAUAUAUACGUGUGUAAUUUAAUUAUAAGUGUAUUUUUAUAUUAAUAUAAGUACAUAUUAAUAUAAAAAUACACUUAGUAUGACAUUAUAUAUAUAUAUAUGAUAUAUAGACAUAUACAUAUAAUAUAUGUCUAUAUAUCAUAUAUACACAUAUAUAAUUAUUAUUUUUUUUUUUUAUUAACAUUAACUUUAUUUUUUUUUCAGAUUUUACACAUGCAGGGAGACUGCCUGUCAGCACAGACAGUCCCCCUGCAGGCAGACACUAGGACACCUAUUGUGACCAUGUGAUCGCUGUGUUAAGCGAUCACAUGGCCACAGGGGUCCUAAUCUGCCGUGGGGAGACUGUCUGGGCUGCAGACAGUCUCCCCACAACCGGAGCCACGCUGAUUGCCGCCGGGGGAACGACGGCGAUCAGGUAAGUAGCUCUGACCGUUAGGACGGUUCAGGACCGUCAUCGGUCGGCAACGCAAAAAUGCCGAUGACGGUCCUGAACCGUCAUCGGUCGGGAAGGGGUUAAUCACCUGUGUCUGUAAAAAUAUGUGGACAUUGAAGUAGUGUUAUUGGGUGUCAAGGAAACCUCCAGUAUUUAAUAUUAAUCUACUUAUCUGUGAUUUAGUUUAACAAAUCUAUGAAAGCUAUAAUUUACAAUUUAAACAAAGCGGUUUUCCUGACACUAUAGUACCCUGAGGGUGCCCCCACCCUCAGGGUCCCCCUCCCGUGGCGCUGAAGGGGUUAAAACCCCUUCAGCAAUUUACCUAAAUCCAGCGCCGAGUGACCUCUCCUCCCCUGCCGACGUCAGCGGAGCUGGAUGCGCAUGUGCAUCAAGUGCCGCGCGCGCAUUCAAAGUAUCCAUAGGAAAGCAUUUCUCAAUGCUUUCCUAUGGACGCUCUGCGCAAUGGAGGCGAAAUGACAGCCACUAGAGGCUGGAUUAACCCCAAAUGUAAACAUAGCAGUUUCUCUGAAACUGCUAUGUUUGCAUCUGAAGGGUUAAAACCUGAGGGACCUGGCACCCACUCGGGAGCUAGACAGUGGUUUUAUUACUAUAGGGUCAGGAAUACUUGUUUGUGUUCCUGACCCUAUGGUGUUCCAUUAAGAAUGGCUUGUUCCCACUAGCCUCACACCUACCUCUUUACUGAAUGUUAUCUGUAGAUUUUUGUUUUGCGUGUUUACAUUUCCACUAUUUACAUCAGGUACUUUAUCAUGUUUCACAGUCAGGAAUACAGUUUUAAAUUGUAAAAUAUAAUCUAUCAUAGAUUUGUUAAACUAAAUCACAUAAAACAUUUCAGCAGAUAAGUUGAUUAAUAUUAAAUACUGGAGGUUUCCUUGACCCCCAAUAACACUACUUCAAUGUCUACAUAUUUUUACGGACACGGGAUUAAAUACAUUUGAAUGGGGAGGCAGGAUACAGCCCUGGCUAAUACAUUGAAUUUCCUCCAUGAGGAAAGUUCAGUGUCUCCAUGCAGAGGGUGGAUACCCUUAAUGGCAGUGCUGCACACUAUGCACUACUGGCCCAGGAAGCAGCUCUAAUAGCCAUCUGAGGAGUUUCCAGUGGAGGUAUCCCUAGGCUCUAAUGUAAACCCUGCCUUUUUUCAGAAAAAGCCUGAUUGGAAUGAUUAUACUCACCAGAACAAAUUCAAUAAGUUGUAGUUGUUCUGGUGACUAUAUCACAAUUUUGUCUUUCAGUGACACCUGUACUCUGUACUAAAUAUAAAAUGAGAUUGUAUUUUAAGAAGGAUAAAUGUAAAGGUGGUUAUAUCUAUGUGAUUUAUUUUCAUGUUAACCCCUUAAGGACCAAACUUCUGGAAUAAAAGGGAAUCAUGACAUGUCACACAUGUCAUGUGUCCCCUUAUGGGGUUAAUCAUGUAUUAAAUAUAAUGUGCAGUAUCCCAAUAAAUUUAUUCUGUGGUAUCAGAUUGAUAAUGACCCAAGACAUGUAUCCAUCACAGCAUAGUACUGGUAAUUGUAUUCUCUUGUGGGCAUAAACUAGGGAUGUGUCAUCCAUGUAUGCAUACUUCUCUUUUAUUUAAAGGUGAUAAAUAUGUAGAACUGCGCAUUUCAGAGCCUUGUUACUAACAUUCAUAAAAUGUGGAAUAUGAGUUGUGAAAGAAACUGAUGUUACCUGUCCUGUUUCUUAUAUAUAUAUAUAUAUAUAUAUAUAUAUAUAUAUAUAUAUAUAUAUAUAUAUAUAUAUAUAUAUAUAUAUAUAUAUAUAUAUAUAGUGUGUGUAUAAGCUGCUAGAGUUGCCUUUACAUUAGUCAAUGUACAGUGAGGGCUGGUACUCCCAAUGUCUUCUCGAUAUUUGACCUUGUGUAUAUAUUCUAGUAUUUAAAUUUUUAUUCUAUUGACACAGUUUCCUUCAGACAAAUGUUUCUCACCAAAUACUGUUGACUUAAAAAAUUACAUUAUAUCUUUAACUUUAUAUCAGUCCCUUUCAUACAAAACUUUUCAAACUAACUGCACACUCCUAUAUGUCCUCACAGAUCUAGAUACGCUGAGAUAGGUAAAUUGAUGUGCAUAGUGCUUGAGUAGCCACUGUAAAUCCAGCUUGCAGUGCUGCAACUCCAUACCUCCAAACAUUUCAAGUGGACAAAGAGGGAGACUUUGAUUUUAGGGUGUGGCCAGGGGCAGAGCUCUUCUGAGAAAAUUUAGGUGAAAUGCUAAUAGUUUAUGCAACUAAUAUGCACUUUAAAACAUUUACACAGCUUGAUUUCUAAACACAUGUACUGUAGUGUAAAGACAUAUUAGUGAGAGUAUUAUUGGAGGACAGUGUCAUAAUACCAAAGAUUACAAAUUCAGUGAGACCGUUAUGACUUUAGGCCCUGAUCUUCUGUCCUAAACUGAUUAUCUAGUAUCCCACUAAUGAACACACCAGGCACAAAUUCUCAGAAAGCACUAAGCUAAUUCAGGACACUUCUGCUUAUGCAACAGAGAUUCAGCACUGCUCUGUGCAUGUGCAGCCCUAGGAGAGCUGACUUGCAAAGCUUGUAACUUAGAAUAAAUAAAUGUUCCACCACUCUGCAUACUGUGUGUGGGGGAGGGGGCAAUAAGUCACAUAGAGCAUGUACUGCACAUUAAGAGCAGGGUCUGUACAUAAAGAACAGUGUAAUUUAAAGGGACACGCCGCUGCCCAAAUAAAAUAAUGAAAACAUAAAUGCAUUUAUUUUUUUAAUUUGGGUGUACUAAAACAUCUUGUAAAAAUAUCUGAUAUCUUUUCUGAUGUCUAUGCAAGCCCUGCCCUUCUUACCCCACCCAGACCUUCUGUGGCUGUCCAGUCACAGACUUUUUUUGAAAAUGAAAACAAAGUAUUGCUAAUUUUACUAUUCGGAUUUUACAUUUAUAGAUAGUGUUGUUAAAGAACAGGCUUGAUUUUUUUCUUAAUGUUUUUUUUUAUUAACAUAUAAUGCUGUUUUUUAUAUUUGAUACAAGUAUAUAAUGCAUUUCUAUUUUUAAUUUGCCAUCGUGGCACAUUGUUGUAGAGCAUGACUGGUGUGCAAACUAUGUUUUAAGUAGUUCACUCUAUGAAACCAGUAUUCUGUAGAAACGAGUUUAUGUGUUAAAAAAAAUAAUAAUAAUAAGUUGUUUUUUUUUGUUUUUUUUUAGAGCUCGCUAUAACAAUGGUAUUGGGCAAUCAGUUGACAGUCCGAGCCUAAUAACAAGCUGCGACUCAACCCGUGGCAAUGAAUCCACAUCCACGACGUAUCCGCCUAAAACCAUGGCUGGUAGCAAAGGUGGACAGUGGCCUGUAUCCAGGACUACACUGGGAAGAUCGAGAUAGAAAGCUUUUUCGCAUCCCCUGGCGUCAUGCAACCCGCCACAUACCAAUACAAGAUGAUGAGAACACUAUAUUCAAGGUAGGCAUAUCUGUUUAAAGUCUGUUGUCUUUGGAGUGAGGACUGAAAGUUCAGAAGAAUUACUGGUCCAUAAUGCAAACGGUAUUUAAAAUAUGACAUGACAAGAGACAACAUAGGAAAUGUAUAUUUGAUUGUACAUAUCCCAGAAACCUCUACUGAACAUGUGUUCUCUGCGGCACAGGCUCUAAAGCCUAGUCUAAUCUAACUAUCUAUCUCAAUUUGUGAGAUAAUAUCUUCUUGAUCCAAGGAGAGAUCUGAUUGCCAUUCUGGGGUCAAGAAGGAUUUUUUCCUAGCAACAUUUAAAUAGGAUUCAAACUGGGUUUUUGCCUCUUUUUUUUGUAUUUUUUUUUUUUGUAUCAACAGCAAAAACAAAUGUAGGAAAGACUAAACAUGAUGCACGCAUGUUUAUUUUCAGGUUUGUAAUUAUGCCUCUACAUAUCCUAUCAAUCGUGUUGAGUUGCAGAGGUUUAUUUAUACAUUUAUGGUGUACGUUCUGUGCUCAUUUGGAAAGCAGAGUGCAAGGAUCGAGAUAGACUUAGCAGUCUCAAACUUUGUUGAUUUAAAUUUCAUUAUUUUUUUCAUUACCAUUUCUAAUAUUUCCCCUCUAGUCUUACCUGAUGAAUAAUACUUUCUCUUUCAACCCUUCUUUUGUACUGAAAUGAAAGAUUGAACUAGAGAAGUCUCUUCACAUCAUCGAGAUUUGGACAGACAUUUUCAUAAACUCUACAAAGAUGACUACAUGCUUGACUUGGAAAGUGCUAUAAAACAUUAUCAUUGCCUCAAGCAUGUGGCAUGUUACUAUAAGUAAUUUCCCAAUAUACUUCUCUUUAGAAUCUCUGAGGCAAACAGACUUUUCAUAGUGAAACAGUGGAAAUGUGCACUACUUUCAAACAAGUGGAGAAAAACUCACAAAUGUAGAACUGUAGAACAUUUCCAGCAACAAAGAAGUAUAUACUAUGUGUGAGCAACAUUUGUGCUUAAAACUCUGCACAUACAGAGAUAACUGCACUUUUUUGCACCCCCAACACAUUAUGGUGGGUAUAUGCAAAUUAGUUUAGAUUUUUGCUUCCCAAGCACUACCAAGCCUCAAUAGCAAACCAGUUACCAACCUCAUGCUUAUGAUUUGCAUUAACAAUGAAACAGCUGUCCAUGAGUGGUUCACUGGCUUUGCAUCUUUUCCUAAGUUGUGUUUCAAAGCUGUUGUAUACAGCAAACACAGACUCAAAGGAAUCCAUGUUUAAAAUGGAAUGAGGCGAAAAUGUUAUUCUUUGUUAAACUAAUUUGCAUAUCCCUACCCAGAAUCCUUUGCGGUAGUAACAUCACUGCAAAUUUGUGAUUUCUGUGGGAAAAGCAAGUCUUAUGGCUUGACUGGUGUGCAGAUUUUUGUUUAACAUUGUAAUAUAUAUAUAUAUAUAUAAUCUCCAGGUAUUUAGUGCAUUGCAAAUCUUUAAUUUUAGAUGUUAAAGGACUACUAUAGGCACCCAGACCACUUUAGCUUAAUGAAGUGGUCUGGGUGCCAGGUCCAUCUAGGAUUAACCCUUUCUGCUGUAAACCUAGUAGUUUCAGAGAAACUGUUAUGUUUACCUAUGGGUUAAUCCAGCCUCAAGUGGCUGUCUCAUUGACAGCCGCUGAGGCGCUUCCGCGCUUCUCACUGUGAUUUUCACCGUGAGAAGACGCCAGCGUCCAUAGGAAAGCAUUGAGAAUGCUUUCCUGUGGACUGGCUGAAUGCGCGCGUGGCUCUUGCCGCGCAUGCGCAUUCAGCCGAUGACGGGAAAGGAGGCGGAGAGUACCCAGCGCCGAAGGAGCCCGGCGGUGGAGAAAAGGUAUGUGUUUAACCCUUACUCACCCUAGAGCCCGGCGGGAGGGGGACCCUAAGGGUGGGGGGGACCUAGAGACCCUAUAGUGCCAUGAAAACGAGUUUGUUUUCCUGGCACUAUAGUGGUCCUUUAAUAGUAUUUGAUGUGAAACAUUCCUUAUCAAGGGUACCUCUCAAAGGAGACGCUUUAGAGUUUGAAUAGUAUGAUGCAUACAAAUGCAAGUUAAGAAGAUAGAGGUAGUGCCAUCUUCCUCUUAUAUAUACACUGAUAUGAAAACAACUGUAGCAGUGCCAACCUUCAUAUACAAGUGUUAUUAAGCAGGGGUUGAAACAGGAGUUUCUAGAUUCUCCCACACCUUCUGGUCUGACUGAUGGCAAUGAGUCGCUGCAAUGUGCAGUUUUACAGGGACUUCCCCAUCAUAUUUAUAACCUUGAAAAACAUAAAAAAGGAAGUAAGUGAGAAUGUAUAUGUGGAUCACACAUUCCUAGUUUAUGACCACAAGACACUGUUACUAGGCUGAGAUGGUUAAUGCCUCUGUUGGGUUUUCAUCAAUCUGGUUUCCUCUGCGGCAUACACAGGACAUUCUACGGAACAAUUAGUUGCGAUCUGCAAUUCACAUUUAAUAUAUAAUUUAACAUGAAAAUAAAAUAAAAUUCACACACAUUUAACCAUCUUCAAAAUUAUCCUUCUUAAAAUGCAGGUAUAACCUCAGUAUUAAUCUGUCUUAACAUUUAGUACAUUUACGGUUUGUAAGUGUUGAAAUUCCGUGCAGUUUAACAAGAGGACAUUACAAAUUUCAAUGGCCAAGUUGCCCCCCAAAUAGUAAAAAAAAAAACAAAAAAAAAAAACUAAGCAUGUUUCUCUUAGCUUGAGAUAUAUAUACUCUGAAUUUGGGGGUGGCGGCUGUCAUUGAGCUAAAGUGGUCUGGGUGACUAUAAUGUCUCUUUCAUGUAGUUGUUCUGGUGUCUAUAGCCUGUCCCUGCAGACUUUUCAAUGAAAGAAACAACUUUUCAGAGAAAAGGCAGUGUUUACAUUGCUGCCUAGUGACACCUCUAGAGGCUGUCACUCAGAUGGCCACUAAAGUGUCGCCUAGCUAAUGUGCAGCACCUAAAUUCAGCGUCUCCACGCUCUGCAUGGCGCUGCGCGUUCCUCAUAGAGAUGCUUUUAAUUGAUUUAAUGCAUCUCUAUGAGGAAAUGCUGACUGACAAUUGAUGAUCUCCGUUAAGGAGGCGGACCAGCUCUAGCGAGACCGACACAUGAGUAAAAGCAUCAUUCCCAUGCGAUCGGAGGGGGCUGGUGACCUAAACAUACAAAUUCAUUGACAGACACCCAGACUGACACACACACAGACAGAAACACACACUGAGAGAUAGUCAGACGCACACACACACACAGACACACACUGACAGAGACAGUCAGGCACACUCACAAAGUACUAUUAAUACACUCAAAUAUACACACACAAACAUUCAUACAUACACAGAGAGAAAUACACAUAGAGACAUUCACACGACAGAUGCACAGAUUUUUUUUUUUAAAUACAUAUUUUUUAGUCACGCUCCUGUUUCCUACCUUUUGUGCUCAGGAGGGUGGCUUCCCUUGUGUCUAGUGGGAUUAGGCAGCAGCAUGUGACCGGUUAGUGGGGCUGGCUGCGGCUGAUGGGAGUAGGCAGCCGCUGUUCCAGACUCCCUCCUUUCUCUUCCUCACUGUCUCAGCAGCUCUCUCUGUGCGCCGGGAGGAAGUGAAGGGAACUGUAAUAACUUCUGAGGUCACGCAGAACCAGACUGGUUGCCGGUGUUCCAUCGACUUUGCGGCAUGGGGGCGGGAGGCGGGCAGGGAGCAGGGUUGAGUAUGGGGUCAGGAGGAGGGCGGGGAGCAGAGCCGUGUUUACCUGGUAUCCUGCCAGGUUAGCUUGCAAUUCCCCUGCACAGGGAUUGAGUCAGAAGGAGGAGGGAGCGGGCUGACCAAUCCCAGACGACAAAACAAAAUAUUUAGUCACCAUGGCGACCUGGCAUUUGUUGAGCCCUGAUGUAAACACUGCGUGUUUACUGUUAAAAGCCUGCAGAGACUGAUUAUACUCACCAAAACAACUACAUUAAGCUGCAUUUGUUCUAGUGACUAUAGUAUCUUAGGAGUCGCUGUAAUAAACAGAACUGAAAGGUCAUCAACUUGGAGGAAAGAAACAAAAAUCAUGUAAAGUCCUUACUCGGCCUGUACAAGAUGAAAUCAAAUGCACAGUUGGACUAUGAGAAGGCCUUGCAGGCAGGGCCGGCCUUAGGGGUGUGUGAGCUGUGCGGCCGCACAAGGCGCCAUGGCAGCAAGGGGCGCCAUGCGGCCAACACAGCUCACACGUGGCCGGUCGGGUUAAAACUUUUUUUUUUUUAAAUUGUAGCUUGCCGUGCGGCCAGGGCGGAGCUAAAAGUGCCGGGUAACUGCUGCAGGGGAAGCAGGAAAGAGUCCCUGCUUCCCCAACAACCAGUCUCCAGGAGCUGAACUGCCUCCACUCCUCCAUAAUGAACAGAGGUAACAAUGUGUGUGUCUGUGAGAGUGUCUGUGUGUGUGACUGUCUGCGCGCGUGGGUGUGUGUGUGUGACAUACCUGUGUGUGACUGUGUGUGUGUGGCUGUCUAUGUGGUUGUCUGCCUGUGUGUGUGGCUGUCUGCAUGUAAGUAUGUGUGUGUAAGUCAGACUGUGUGUGUGGGGCUGUCUGUCUGUGUGUGUGUUGCUGUCUUCCUGUAUUUGUGUGUGAGUGUGUUUAUCUGCCUGUAACUAUGUAUGUGUGUUACUGCCUGUACCUGUGUGUUUCUGCGACUACCUGCCCUCUGACUAUGUGCAUGUGGUGUAAUUGACAAGUGUAUAUGUAUAGCUGUGCAUCUGACUGUGGGACUGUGUGCACAUAACUCUGCAAAAAUAUACACCUGCAUUUACACAUAGGCUUAAAUGCAUAUUUUUAUCUGAAUUAAAUACGCAUCACACACAGCCAAUAAACCCAGCACAAAUAUCACAUACAACCAAUACACAUAUAUCCCACACAGUUAAUACACCCAUUACAGAUAUCACACUAAGCCAACACAUAGCAUGCAUGUCACACACAGUCAUCAUACCGAUCACAUACACAGACAACACAAACAUUACAUCAUAUUAUAGUGAGAUGUAUUACAGUGAAGCUUUGGUAAAUAAAAUGCACAUUACUCUGUGUUUUAUAGUUAGGGAGCACGGUGAUACACUAAUAGACUCAUUACUUAGAGUUGUAUUGUUGUGUAGGGUAUGAUCUUGUCACAGAGCUCCACAUUACUGGGAGUUUUAUUGUUUUGGAGCUCUGUGAUAAAUGGAGAAGUAUCUCAUUACUACAAAAUUUUAUUUCCAAAGAGGUCAAGGUAAAUAAGUAUAAUCCAUAGCUCCAAAGCAAAACCACUCACUGUAUUAUGUGACAUAAUUAGUCUGCUCCUCUGUAAUGUAGGGGAGGCAGUCUGGCAUUUCUGGCCUGCACUUUUGUUGGCUGCAGACCAUAAGUAGCUGUCUUCCUAGCUCGGGAUAAUCAGAGCGCUGCCGCAGAUUACCACAGGACACUGCAAGUCACUGCGCUUGCGAGACAUUUAUGCAUGGUCUGUACCCAGUGGAGGGGCAGACCCGAUUCAGAUCAGCAUGCCCCUAUCCCAACUAGGUAACAACAGAAAAGGAGGAAUUAAUGUGUUUUUAAAUCAUUAAUAAUUUUAUAAAUCCCCUAUACAAUCACUUCACUCCUGUACACACACUGUGUGUGUGGGGGUGGGGGGGCACUGUGAAGAUUUUUCGCACAAGGCGCAUAAAGGCCUUAGGCCGGCCCUGCUUGCAGGAAAUUGUCUAUCAUGAUGUGUUGUGGUUAGAAACCUUUCUUAUCCAAAGGCCAAAAGCUUUAUGAGGUUUCAGUGUGUUAAAUACCACAGUAAUGGGUUAUUACCACUGGCAAAAAUUUCUAUGGAGGAAUGGAUGCUGAGAAAGUACUUUAAAGAAUGAAUGUAUGUUUGAUAGCAGGAAUGGUAAUUUGUGGUACUUGCAGUGAAGCAUGGCAAUUACCUUGAAAAUUCCCAUGCCAUAACGCUGUUAAUAGUUUUGAGGAUGUGACACUUGCCUGAGUCCUCUAGAUCCCUGUAAGGAAACCUAGUAUAUCCAAUACUCAUUCGGUAGUUUCCUUCCGAACGGCCAGAGCAUCAGUGACUAUAACUCUCCGUUCGGCAGAUAAAAUAAACGAUUCCCAUACGCAUGCAAUAGCUUUUCCAGACGAUUCCCUUAGUAAAUCAUACGAAUACCCAAACAUCAGCCGGAGUCUAGAAGAAGGGUGCAACAGAACUGAGCUUUAAUGACGCCACACUGGCUUUUAUGCAAGUCCCUGUGCAAGGGGACAUCCCACAGGGAGGGACAUGGUACAGCCAAUCAUAACAAGAAAAAUUGUUAUACACUCCCAUUGCAAACAUAUAAUUCCCACGGACUACGGGACUGAGUCCACGCCUGUGGGGUCGGGACGAUCCAGGCCAUCCAGUGCCUGGGCGUAUAGUCAUCGUCCGUUACGUGUGCCCACUGCGUGGGUGUGCGUGUGUAGCUUACUAGUCUCCAAGAUAAUGUGUUGGGUGUAUAGCUCGGGGCGUGGUGCUGUCUGUAUGUCAUCUGUCGUGUCAGACAGGUGUGGGGCCUUAUUGUGUAAUGCCGCCUCUAUCCCUUACGUUGAGGUGUAUCAAAGGACUGGGGUGUCCAAGUAGCCUAGAGCGUGUUUUCUGCUGCUGUCUAGGGGGUCAGUGAUCUUCUCCACAUCUGUGGCCUGGUCAUACCGAGGUCUACAGCCUUCUCGGUGUUUCACUUUUACUCUAAGGCUCAGUCCGGCCCGUUAGACAGGCCUGUCUAGUCUGGAGAGGGCCAGGGGGAGAGGAUGAUAAAAAAAAAAGGGGGGGAGGGGGGUGAGGGUGGAAAGGGGGGGACGGGUUACGCGGCCAGGGUAUUGGGUGCGGGGGGAGGGGUGUGAAGGUGCGGGUUGGUGUGUUGGUUUAGGAGGCCUGUCUGCCCUCCGCGAUAUAUAGGAGCCAAGGGGUCCAGGUCUGGUUACAUUUUUCGGAACGUCCCUGUAGGUCCGCCGUCAUGGCUUCCAUGGCUUGUAUUUCUACUACCCUGUCUACCCACUGUUGGAAUGUGGGGGCCGCCAUUUUCUUCAAAGUGUUGGAAUCAGGGAUUUCGCAGCCGUCAAUAGAUGUUUCGUCAGAGACUUCUUGUAGGUUUGCAAUGCCAUGGUUGUGUGGUGUAGUAACAUGGGUAGGGGUUGUAGCGGGAGUUCUGGAUCCGAAAUUUCCCUGAUUUUAGUAUUCACCAUCUCCCAGUAUGGGGAGAUGACUGCGCACGACCACCAGAUGUGGAUCAUGGUCCCUCUUCCCUGACCACAUCGCCAGUACGUCUCCUCAGCGUCUGGGUUCAUGCGGUGUAUUAUAUCCGGGGUCCUGUACCAGGUCGUCAAUAUUUUAUAACUCAUCUCCUGAAAUUUCAAGCUAAUGGAGCUCUUGUGUGUGAGUAGAAACAUUUUAUCCCAUCCCUUUCCCAUCUGUUAAUGAACUUCGGUGUCGGCCCCAUCUCUCCCUCUAAUAGCAUUGCGUAUAGCUUCGAUAUCCCUCUCACCAUAUGUUGUCUAGAUGUGCAUAUCUUCUCGAAGUCUGUGAGGUCACAGUGAAAUUGGUGUUUAGCUGCCACAUUGGAGUAGAAGUAGACUCGGUCCAGGCCUGUUGGGGUGGUGUCGGGGAGCAGGUCUGUUAGUGUUUUUAGUGUGCCAUUGCCACACCAUUGACGUAGGUAUAUCCAGUCCGUUUGUGCAAAAUUUCUUAGGUCUGCUGGUGUCCGUUCCCCUCCUAUGUUGGGGUUGUAGACUAUGGGUGUGAGUGGGCUGGUGCGGGUGGCGUAGUGCGCACCAGAUCUUCACGGUAGCAUCUAUCAGGGGGUUACCAGUUUUGAGCUUGCUGGGUGUUAUUCCGGUCCCCCACAGCGUCGCGGGAAUCCAUCCCCCGGUCUGUGAGAUUCCGGCACGCACCCAGAUUUUGUCUGUCUGUCGGGCAUGCCAAUCAGUAAUUCUCAGAAGGUGAGUUGCACGGUGGUAGCCUAUGAUUGAGGGCAGCCCCGCUCCACCCCUCGGCUUGGGUUGUUCAAGUAGUCGUUUGCUGACCCGUGGGGCUCCCCUCCUCCAGACAAACCUCCGUAUGGCUGUGGCGAUGGAUUGGAAAAAGGCUUUCGGUAGGGUGAUCGGGAUCGUCUGGAAGAGGUAUAGAAGGGUGGGAGGAUGUUCAUUUUGAUUUCGUAAAUUCGUCCGAACUAUGAAAUGUAGAGGUCUGUUCAUUUUUGCAUAUCUUUCUGUAAGGAGGUGAGGAUGGGAAGAAAGUUUGCCUGGUAGAGUUGCGGCAGCUCCCUGGUCAGCCAGAUGCCGAGAUACUUCAAUUUGGUUUCACAUCUCCUGAACCGUAACUGGGACCGCAGGUGUGCAUCCAGUCUUGUGGAAAUCGAGAUACUGAUGAAUUCCGACUUGUCCGUGUUGAACUUGAGAUUCGACACACUCCCAUACUUGCGGAAGAGCUCUAGGAGGUUCAGGAUGGUAGUCAGUGGUCUUUCAAUGAAGAAAAGCAUGUUGUCCGCAUAGGCUGCGACUCGAUGCUCUGUGCCCCGGAGGGUGUGUCCAGCUAUCCCCCCCCCCCGUCCUAACCGCCUCCAGGAACAGCUCCAGUGAGCGGGCGAACAGCAGGGGAGAGAGGGGGCACCCCUGUCUUGUGCCGUUUCGGAUAGGAAACGGCUCUGAUAGAGCGCCAUUGAGUCGUAUUUGCGCUGUUGGUAUUGUGUAAAGGGCGGAGAUCCAUGCCUGUACAUGCGGUCCGAAGCCCAUGUGGUGUAGCGUGGCCUUGAGGUAUGUCCAGUCCACUCGGUCGAAGGCCUUCUCUGCGUCUGUGGACAGGAGGGCCAGCCCCCCUCCCUGCCCUCGGGCAGAGUGGAUGAUGUUAAGGGCCCGUAUGGUGUUGUCCCAUGCUUCUCUGCCAGGUAUAAAGCCCACCUGGUCUGGGUGAACUAGGUCGGGCAUUAUCCUGGAGAUGCGUAGGGCCAUGGCCUUUGCGAACAGUUUGAGAUCCGAAUUGAGGAGAGAGAUUGGGCGGUAGCUCGCGCAACAUGCCGGGUCCUUUCCCUCUUUUGGGAGGACUGUGACUAUGGCUCUGAGUGAGUCUGCCGGGAAUUGGCGACCCUCCAAUAUGGAGUUCAGUCGCUCUAGCAGGCGCGGCAAUAGGAUAUCUUUGAAGGUGCGCAGAUAGCUCGCAGGGUAGCAGUCCGGGCCUGGUGCUUUGUGUUGUUUGGUAAGCUUGAGUGCCGCGUACAAUUGCUCGACGGUUAGUGGUUGUUCUAAGCCUGCCGUUGUCUCCAGGGUCAGUUUUCGGGCGGCGUUCCUGGUGAGGAAGUCCACGAGUUCGUGUCGGUGCUGGGUAUAUCCGCCAGGUUGUAAAGGCCGGUGUAGUAGUCCCUAAACGCCUGCAUGAUCUUGGCCGGGAGUCGAGUUUCUUUCCGUUCCUGGGUGUUGAUUUUGUGGAUGUGGUUAAGCCUCCGCUGUUGCUGGAGGGUCCUGGCCAAUAGCCUCCCGCAAUUGUUCGAGUUUUCGUAGAAAUAUCUGUUAGACCUGCGUAUCACAUUGAGAAGUUUCGGGGAGAGCAGAUCUCUAAGUUGUCUCCAAGCGUCAGUCAGUAAUAGGUACACGUCAUCUGUUAGUUCAUUUUUGUGUUUGUUCUCUAGUUCAGCUAUUCAUUUGGUCAAGUCCAGGAUGCGUUUGGUGUUCUUGCGUUUGCGUUGCGUGCAAUAGCUGAUAUAGUGCCCUCUGAUUACGCACUUAUGUGCUUCCCAGGUUAUCAACGGGGGCACAUCGGGUGUGGUGUUAGCUUCGAAGUAUUGUGUGAGGACCUGUGUGGUCAUUGUUACGCAUUCGGUGUUGGUCAGCACCGACUCAUUGAGCUUCCACUGGCGUUCCUUUGGCUUGAAUAGGGGUGAUGUGAUCCGGACGGAUACUGGUGCAUGGUCGGAGUCUCCAUGAAUCCCUAUUUCCACGUCUAUAAGCAAGGGCAGGUAUUCUUGCUCGAUGAAGAUAUAGUCGAUCCUGCUGUACUGGUUGUGUGCAGCUGAGUAGCAGGUGUAAUCCUUGUCUUCUGGGUGUGCUGCCCACCAGCAGUCAGCCAGCCCCAGUCUGUUCAGCGCUUGUUUGGCCGUGCGUAUGCAAUGGUCGGGGAUAGUGCUGGAUCCUCGUGAGGAGUCUAUUCUCGGGUCCAGGGGUAAGUUUAGGUCCCUAGCAAGUAUCAGGAGUCCUUCUCUGAAUUUUUCAAGGCGAGACAGUGUCCGGGCUAGAAAUGUGUGCUGGCCUCUUUUGGGGCAGUACACAUUGGCUAGUGUGUAUGGGCGAUCAGCUAUCGUGCCCUUCCCAAAGAGAUCCCUUCCAAUGCACGUCCACACAGAUAGACCCGCUCGGAAGGUGACUGUCUGCGCGAAGAGAAUCGCCACCCCCGACCAUUUAGAUUCUUGGUGGUUCGCGAAGUACCCUUGUGGGUAUCGUCUGUUGCGGAGCGUGGGGGCAUUCCCCUCGGCAAAGUGAGUCUCCUGUAGGAAUGCCACGGAAACCCGAAGGGACCACAGUGUCCGCAGGAGCUGCUUACGUUUUUCUGGGAUAUUAAGUGUUAUAUAUUUUAUCCUCUUUAUCUCUGCGCAGUUUAUUUGUUUCAGCUAUUUUAUCCUCUUGUUGUUUCACUCUGUUACAGAUCUCUUGUUCUUUUUCUUCAUAUUAUGUUGUUUCCCUAUUAAUAUUAACCUGAGUUUCUGAUACUUUACCUUCCCCCUUUUAUUAACAGAUCUUUUUUCUUUUUCAUAUUCCACUAUUAAUCUAGCUUUCUAAAAUCUGAUCCCAUUUUUUCAUGAAAUUUGUAUUAUCAAUUCCACAAGCUUGAGUUUUUCUACUCUUAACCUUAUAGGAAUUAACCUUAAAUUAUAGGAAUUAAUUUAAGUAGUCCUCCAAAUAUAUCUCCCACCAUUUAAAAAAAAAAUAUUUAGCUUUUUUUAUUAAAGGGACACUAUAGUCACCUGAACAUCUACAGCUUAAUGUAGUUGUUCAGGUGAGAUCUAUAGCUCCCUGCAGGCAAUCUAAUGUAAACACUGUAUUUUAAGAGAAAAUACAGUGUUUUCAUUGAUUGAUAGGAAUACCUCCAGUGGCCGUCACUCAGACGGCCACCAGAGGGACUUCCUAUCAUGCAGGGCCCUAAAAAUGCCCUGUACACGUCAGACGUAUUAAAAUACGUCUGACGUGUGCAGGAGAGAGAAGGCACUGGAAGCGUCCGAUUGCUCGCGCCCGCCUAUUUUGUCAUUUUGACGAAAUAGGGGGCGCGGCUUCACGAGGCUCCCGGCGCUGGAACCAGGUGAGUAAAAACUGCUGCCUGGAGAGUCCCUUUAAUCUUUCCUGGCUAAGGAAAUAAGAAUUUUAUGUUUCUCUUAGGGGCAUGGUGUCAUGAAUGCACCCUACUGCAAGCGUGCACAAGACUUGGUUCUUGUGAUGAAAGGUUGAACCCCUUAAGGACACAUGAUGGAACUAUUCCAUCAUGAUUCCUUUUAUUUCUGAAGUUGUGUCCUUAAAGGACCACUAUAGUGCCAGGAAAACAUACUUGUUUUCCUGGCACUAUAGUGCCCACCCCUCUCAGGGUCCCGGGCUGGAUGGAGAGGAAGGGGUUUAAUUUACCUCUUUCUCCAGCGCCGGGCGGGGAGCUCUCCUCCUCCUCUCCUCCCUCUUCUCCUCCUCUUCGGCUGAAUGCGCAUGCGCGGCACUGGCAUCUUCUCACUGUGAUAAUCACAUAACUCUGCCAUCGCCAAGCCAAUUAAGCAAUAAUCACAUAACGCUGCCUCCACCAAUACAAUUUAUAAAUAAUCACAUAACGCUGCCAUCGCCAAGACAAUUUAUCAAUAAUCACAUAACGCUGCCACCACCAAUACAAUUUAUAAAUAAUCACAUAACGCUGCCAUCGCCAAGACAAUUUAUAAAGAAUCACAUAAUGCUGCCACGCCAAGACAAUUUAUAAAUAAUCACAUAACGCUGCCACCACCAAGACAAUUUAUAAAUGGGGUGCCUUCAUUCCCCAAUCAAAGUGGACUAAAAUCCCACAAAAUAAGCUUUAACAGAGUAUGUCAAUUCAAUCUACUUCUAAAUUGGUUUUAUCAGCUAACGUCUUUACCUGAACUUAACCCAUUAAGGACACCGCUUCAGAAGCUUGUCUUACGCAUAAGGACACAAGCCAUUUUUGUAUUUUUUGCUUUUUGUGUUCAAAUGCCAUUUGCAUCUCUGUCAUUUAUUGCACCAACACAUAUUAUAUAUUGUGUUUUUAGUGGGCAAACAGGGCUUUAAUUUGAUGUCACAUAUACAUAGAUACAUUCUCAUUAAUUAUAAAAAAAAAAAGCAAAUUUUUUUUUUUUUUUAAGAGAUUGUUUUCACAGUUUUGGCAAUAACAGCGGGUGCAUAAUAUGUCCAGCUUAGAAAAAGUAAUUCAAAAUAAAUUAAUUUGUGUCUUGAUUUAUAGAGUACAUAAUAUGUAUAGGAUUUCAGCUUGUUUUGAAAGUUACAGGUCACAAAAUACAAGGACUAAAAUAAAAUUUCAGUUUGCAACAAUUUUAGAAGUUUGUCUUGUAGGUUUAGUAACCAUCACAGAAAACAUAAAUUGCCACACAGAAGUAUAUAUUUAUAUAAAGUAGACAUCACAGGCUAUUUACCUAAGGUUAGUUUGACACUUUUUACGUAGCCAUUUCAUCGCCAAUCUCUGCUAAAUAUUGGAGUAAAAUUGUGUUUUUUCUUUAUUUUGGCAUAUACACAUAUAACAAGGUUUUUGUAAUGUGUAUUUCGUAAACCUGGUGUGUGCUAUUCCUGCACAGAACCCCAUUUUGUGUUCAGCUACAUAUAAGUAUAACAAGUAUAACAAUACCCCCAUUAUAUGCCUUUGACACUUUUCUGUAAAGCUACAAUGCCACAUAAGAGACAGGGCUAUUUCAGUUUUUUCGUAGAUGGAUUUGACAGGGCCAUGUCUCAUUUUAGGGUAUUAUAGCAGUGUGACUGUUAAAAUAACCCCAGAAAGGGCUUUCAUUUUGUAAAGCAGACACCCCAGGGUAUUAUAUAUAUAUAUAUAUAUAUAUAUAUAUAUAUUGUAUAUUGUGCCUUAACUUGUCACAAUUUUUUUCAACAAUUUGUCAAUGUUUGUGGUGAGGGGGGGGGGGAAAUUGCAUUUUUACAUAUAUGUUGCAUUUUUGCUGAGUAUUUCUUACACUUGAUAUGUACCACUGUCAUAUCUUGAUAUGGACUGUGUCCAUGUUCCAUUUUGGAGUAGUUGAGUUGGUUGGUUAUUCAAACAUCUCCACAAACACAUACUAUUUAUUAAAGGACCACUCUAGGCACCCAGACCACUUCAGCUUAAUGAAGUGGUCUGGGUGCCAGGUCCUUCUAGGGUUAACCCAUUUUUUCAUAAUUAUAGCAGUUUCAGAGAAACUGCUAUAAUUAUGAAUGGGUUAAGCCUUCCCCCUAAUCCUCUAGUGGCUGUCUCAUUGACAGCUACUAGAGGCGCUUGCGUGCUUCUCACUGUGAAAAUCACAGUGAGAGCACGCCAGCGUCCAUAGGAAAGCAUUGUAAAUGCUUUCCUAUGAGACCGGCUGAAUGCGCGCGCAGCUCUUGCCGCGCGUGCGCAUUCAGCCGGCGGGGCGUAACGGAGGCGGAGAGGAGGAGGAGAGCUCUCCGCCCAGCGCUGGAAAAAGGUAAGUUUUUACCCCUUUCCCCUUUCCAGAGCCGGGCGGGAGGGGGUCCCUGAGGGUGGGGGCACCCUCAGGGCACUAUAGUGCCAGGAAAACGAGUAUGUUUUCCUGGCACUAUAGUGGUCCUUUAAAGAAUAUACCCUGGGGUAAUUCAAAAGCGUGGGAUAAUUUUUUAUCUAGUUUGUUCCAGGUGUAGUGGUAAUGAGCAUUUUUAAAUGUUUUUUUUUUCACUUUUUAAAACUCGUUUUUAAACUUUUUUUUAAUAAAUUUUUUUUACAGAUUUAACAUUUUUAUAAACUUUUUUUUUUUUACGGUUAACCCCUAACUAGCGGUUAGCAGCACUAACCGUAAAUUCCCCAAUUUCCCAUAACUCCCACCCACCCCAGCUAAUAAAAUAUAUCAUUUUAAAAUAUUUAAAUUAAUUAAUUAAAUAAAUUGAACCCCUGAGGGUUAAAAAAAAAUAAAAAAAUUGGAUCACAGUAUAAUACUGUGAUCUGUAUUUUCAUCACUGUAGUUAGUGAUCAACUGACGGGAAGGGGUUAUUUUUUAUUAGGACUGGGUAAAGGGGGGUGGGAUUUUUUAAAACUUUUUAAAAAAAAAAACUUUUUUUAACGUUAACCCCUAGCUAGCCUAACACCAAAUUCCCAAUUCCCCACUAACUCCCACCCACCCCAGUUAGCUAAAUAUAACAUUUUAAUAUAUUAAAAUUAAUUAAUAAAACAAAAUUAACCCCUGGUGGUUACGAAAAAUAAAAGUUGACCCUUAGGGGUUAAAAAAAAAAAACCAGAUCACAGUAAAAUUUAGUCUCUGCCAAUUGAUCACUGUAGUCAGUGAUCAAUUGGCAGGGAAGGGGUUAAUUUUUUUAAUUUAUAAUGAGUAAAGAGGGGGUGGGAUUUUAAACUAUCUUUAUUUAUUUUUUAACUCGGAGAAGAUCAGCACUAAUCCAUCUCCCUGCACUUCACACAGACUACGGAAGAGCAGGGAGGCGGAACGUGAGUCCCUGCAGCACGUGUGCUCGCUCUGACAGCCUGAGGUUAACUUUAGUGCAUUACGGAGCCGGUCCGUCAUCCGGCGUUAACUGCUUCCCCGCCGUUAUGGACCUGGUCCGUCAUCCAGUGGUAAGGGGUUAAAGGAAUAAUUAUUGUGGACAAAACAAUAGUCACAGUUCGUAUAUAAAAACAGAUUACAAAUUAUUUACACCAACAACAGAUAAAAAUAAAAAGGAAAAUUAACAGUAUUUCUUCUUACGCUCUUAGAUUCUAAACGAAACAGUGUCUUCUGCUGUCUAUUUCUAGCACGGAAAUAUGGUGACUAAUGCAAAAUUAGAUCUUUGCCCCUAGUAAGCACACUUGACAUUUGCCCAUCAUUAGAUUUUUACGCCCUGUAUUCAUCUCAGGUUUGCCGGCCUAGAAGUGGAAUAGGUGGAGGGAAGGCGUACCGCUAAGUACAACAAGUUAUCUCCCCCUUGUGUUUCAGACCAACGCCUUCCAAACUUUUGAUUGUAUUUUCUAUUUUCUGCUAACCACAGAAAUUAUUAUUGCAUCUAUGAGUUUGUUGCAUUUUUUCAAUUCCACACAUAUGUCACUUGUGACCUAAUACAGCAGACUUCACAAUUCCUUCCAAACGGUUUAAAGGACCACUAUAGUGCCAGGAAAACAUACUCGUUUUCCUGGCACUAUAGUGCCCUGAGGGUGCCCCCACCCUCAGGGACCCCCUCCCGCCCGGCUCUGGAUAUUACCUUUUUCCAUGGGCGGAGAGCUCUCCUCCUUUUGUUUGCGCACGCGCGGCAAGAGCUGCGCGCGCAUUCAGCCGGUCAUAGGAAAGCAUCUAAAUGUGCACAAAAUAGGUGGCAUUAUUAAUUAUUCAUAAUUAUAGCAGUUUCUCUGAAACUGCUAUAAUUAUGAAAAAAUGGGUUAACCCUAGAAGGACCUGGCACCCAGACCACUUCAUUAAGCUGAAGUGGUCUGGGUGCCUAGAGUGGUCCUUUAAGCUUGGUAAGCAAAAUUUAUAUUCAUUUUCUUUUGUAGGGUUUGCUUUCCCCAUUCUAAAUGUGCACAAAAUAGGUGGCAUUAUUAAUAUGUAGGUUAUUAUUAAUGAUUUUUUUGGAUAUGAUACUGAAAGAGAAUAAUCCCCUGACUGCUAAUUGGUCACUUAGCAAAUCAAAAGAAUCCACUAUUCAUGAGGGGAUGCAGGUAUAUGGUAGAUUAGUCAGUUAGUUUACAUUGAAACUAGACAAAGAGGCAACUCGUGUAACAUUUCAUACCUGGCAUAGGAGCUCUGGUUGAAGUCACAGCUUCAAAUGAGAAAUUUAUAUUGUAAGCCUUCUGGCGUCUAUCACAUUUCUACACAAUGAAUUUUAACCCCUCUCCUGUCUCCUGCUGAAAUUGAAAAUACCUCCUCUACCGUGUAGCCAAUUCAUAUAUGCACUACACAACUCACCUUAUUUAGCAAUAUUCUAUAGCGCAACAAUGAAUUCUGCAUCCUUGGCGUGACAAAUGGUAUCUGUGGUUUGGUAAAACAUUUUUUCAAACUUUGCAUUUCUACCUCUCUGUAUAUUGGUUAAAAAAAUUGCAGUGAUAUUUGUAUGUUGUGAAAGUGAUGAGGAACUAACACAAUAUAGAAAUAUAUAUGUGUGUGUGUGUGUGUGUGUGUAUAUAUAUAUAUAUAUAAUGUUAAAAACUCAACUCAAGUGCAAAACAGUGAAAAAAUAUAUACAAAGAAAAAAACUUCCCUUAACAGAGAAGAAUGUGCCCUGAAGACUUCCUUUAGUUUUAAAAUACAGAAUACAAAGAAAAAUAGGGGAAGUUCUAUUAAGAAAACAGAAUAAAAAAACAAGAUGGUAUAUAACUGUGUAUAAUUAUUAUUAUUUUAUUAUUUAUGAAUAAUACUUGAAAAAUCCCUAGUGCUGUGCAAUGAAUUAUGAUAAUGUUUUCCAACUGGCCACUCACACUUAGUAUGCCAAAUAAUGCCUUGUAAGCAGUGGCGUACACACAAUCCAUUGGGCCCCGGUGCAAAACUGAUCCGUGGGCCUCCCCCCACUCCCCACCCCCGACAGACACAUACAGACACACACACACAAACACACACACACAAGACACACAUACAAACAAACAGACAGGCGCACACAUACAUACAGACAGACAGACACAUACAGUCCGACACACACAUACAAAGACAUAUACAAACCAACAUAGACAGGCACAUACAGACAUAGACACAUACACACGCACACACACACGACAUACAGACAGACAGUCACACAGACAGACACAUACAGGCACACAGACAGACACACACACAUACACAUACAAAGACUUAUACACACAUACAAACACACACACAAAAUGUUUGUCACCCUCCUGUUUCCUACCUUUUAGGUGAAGGAGGGUGACUUUCCCUGGCGUCCACUGGUGGCUCAGGUUGAUGGGAGUCAGAGUUCCCACUCUGACUCCCUCCUCUGCUUCCUCCGCGUGGGCUCUGUGUAUGCUGGGAGGAGUGACCGGGGGAGUCCCUUCCUCCCAGCAGUGAUGUCAUCACAGGGGGCCUGGUCGCGCUGUUAAAGCGCCCAGCGCUACCUGGGCCCCCUGACAAUUCAUCUCCAUCAAGUGACCCUAACAGCAUGGGCCACCUGUUGAACCCCUUGGGCAGUGGUCCCGGCGGUUUGGCACGCGGGCCGGGGCCGCAAAAGAUGGCAGCGGGUAUCCAGUCGCAGGGGUCCGCAGGGCGGCUGGGCCCCCUGGAGUGACGGGCCCGGUCGCAGCUGUGACCACUGCGACUGCGGUAUGUACACCACUGCAUGUAAGUAAUGCCCAGUGAAUUGGUGUGUCUUCAGAUGUCUAGAGUUAAUGUUCACUAUUAACAAUGAAGGCUCAUGAGUUCAGAAAGAGAAAAAAAUAUAAUGCAAAUUAAAUGAUGUGAAUUUAAAACAAUGUAUUCACUUCCAUCCAAGGUUAAAAACAGCAGAUAUAAUUAAGUCACCACAGGUUGCCCCACUGGUUUUGUCCUUUUAGGGCCUUUGUCAGGGACCAUUGAUUUUUGAAAAAGCAUAAAAAGAAAGUACUUGUGGGCAGUAGCACAUGGCGCCGGAGCAGUGCAGAAGAUUACAUUUUAUAUUCAUUAAUUUUUCUUCACCUCAGACUUUGCCUUGGGGGGCUGGUGUGCUAGCUUAGGUGGCCGCAUUGAGGCUUCCAGUAGCCUUUACACCGGCCGUUUACAGCACAGAAUGGCCAGAAAAAGGUGCAUUUUUUGUUGGAGCCAACCAGUGCACUCAAGCUGUGCUCCCCAGCCUCAGCCAUCUGACAGAAGAGAAAACCUCAUACAUGAAGAAACUUCACGCUGCCUUCAGAGUCCCCACUGCCAGUAACUGGUACUUGUAGGCUUGCCCAGCAGCCCAUGAUGGUGAUUGUGUGUGUGCUUACCAGUGAGCUUGUCUGUAGUGAGCUAUUGUGUGUGUGUGUGUGUGUGUGUCAGUAAACUUGUGUUGGUCGUAGAGCUUGUAUGUGUGUGUCAGUGAGCUUUCUGUAGUGAGCUACUGUGUGUUUUAGGGAGCCUGUCUGUAGUAAGCUUGUGUGUCAGUGAACUUGUCUGUAGUUGAUGGGGGGAGGGGGGAAGGAGUGUGGGUGUCUGCAGUAAGUCUCUAUUCUGAAAACUAUUAGAUUAGGCUGUCAGGAUUCUUGUGCCUAUAGUGUCCCUUUAAUUUUAAUUGAUUGGAUGCUAGACAGACAAUACAUACCGAUUGAAAAAGCCCUUGUGAAGGGUGAAACAUGUCUCGGAUAGCGGAAUCCAUGUUGGACAUCAACAUUAGCAUAUUGCCAUUUUUAUUUAUUUUAUUUGUUUAAACGUGUUUAAUUUUAUCAAAUAAAUUCAUUUUACUUCAAAGUCUGUUUUGGGUCCUCCUAAGUUGCUCCAAGAAGGGUGGUUUCCUCGUUAUAGACACCCAGGCUAUUUUACCCAGAGCCAGGAACACAGGCUCUGGACAAGGUGAGCAACCACUUGCAUUUAAAUAUAUACCAUCCAGUAUCCUUACCUACUACACCAAAGGUGUUUCUUGCUGUGUUGUUUUUGUCUCUUUCUUUGAGGAGAAGUAUCGUGACCUAAAGGGUAAAGUGCCACCAGGCAGCAUUAAUGCUGAUCAGAGUUGAGCCUUUACUGUUUAAGGCUCUUUUACAUGGGAGUUGACACUUCAAAGUUUCUUCACAUUAUACUUCAAUACCACAGAUUUAUGCUAUGUGUUCCCCCCCUGUUUUCUCUUUUGUAUAUGCAUUGAGAUCAACUGGACUGCAUUACUGUCCCAAUUCUGUGAUAAGACCGGUAAAUCCCCAUUUAGGGUAGGUGUCUAAUCUGAAUUAUUUAACGCUCCACUCUUGAAGUUAAUAGCUUUUGGGCUCUAUUCCACUUUCUUUUUUCAAAACUAUAGUUUGUUUUUGUUUUGUUUUGUUUUUUACAGAUAUGGGUCAUAGCCAAACUGUGUUUACACCGAUACUUAUCCGAGAUUUUCCUGCAUUUACAAUAAUUUGUGGGUAUAGACAGAUACUGAUCAGGGAUUUUCCUGGAUUUGGAUAAUUUUUGUGUGCCUGAAUUUAGAAAGUUUUAAGUGAACAUUAUUAUUUGCGAUUCUAUCAUGGCCUUUUAAACAAAGGGUUAAAUACAUGAGAUACCAAGUCAAUAUGCUUUGAGUGUAUAGGUUUCAAAAAUUCUUGUGCAUAGGUAUUGAUUGUAGUCCAAUUAUGACAAAUUUUAGCAACAGUUUUGUUUGUCAUAGAUUGUAAAUUAUUUCAAAUAAAAAAUUUCAACGCAUCAAUGAUUUAAAUGCAACAAGAGAAAAUUGUAGCUCAUGAGUGCUGUCCAAACGUGGACAAAAUUGAUAUUGUAAAUGUGUAAGUGUAUCUUUCACAAUAGCAAUAUUCCAUGUACAUUUAAAAACCUAAAGCUGCAGAGAAUGUUUAAAAAAAAUAAAACCACAGCCCAUUGCUAAUUGUUAGGUGUCUAUUGGCUUGUGCAUAAAUCUAUAUAGUGAGAGUGCCACUUUAAAUAAGAACAUAGACAGGCAUGGUAGAAAAACAGAGCAACUUAUGGCCGGAGGGCAAAAUGAAUGGCCAUUUUUUAUGCAUGAGACUUCUGUGUGUCUUGUGUGUAUGGUCCUGUUAAUGAGGAGCACACAAUCUAUGGAUUUGAUAAAUAAAGGCUUCUGGAGUUCUGGGUUAUGAUAUCAUAUAUUCGAGCCUCCUCUGCCAGUAUGACCUUAUAGCUCUCUGAAUGCCCAGUUGAUGCUCGUCCAUAGGGGCACUUGAGACUGUGCCCCAUCAGUUUUUAUGUGGGUGGGGGGAUAUGCAGUAGUUUAGAAACACGAUUCUUUUCAAGGAGGGGGUUAGAUAAUAUGGGGGAGAAAAGUAUCUACUACAUGGCAAUGUUACAUUUCAGAGUUAAACCUAAAGAGAGCUAGAGACUUGGAGAGUGCUGCAGAGCUAGAGUUAGAGAGUUGGAACAUUAUACAGAGACAAUCUAGGUUGUGGGUACCAUUGUAUUGCAUCUCUGUGUCAUCCAUAUCAGUAUCCCUGGGUAUGUGGGAUAGUUAUAGGUAUAUGCAUAUUUUGCCAGCUCUGUGUGUAGUGUCUAUGUAUUUUACUUUGCCCUGCCUGUUGUAUGACUAUCUUUCUGUUGAAUGGAGGCUACCUUUUGAGGAUAAGCAUAUAGAUGCUACAGGUCAGAAGAUGGCUAUAGAGUUAAAGGGUGGAGUCAAAUCCUGAGGGUAGAGUCUACCUGCCCACCAUCCUAAAACAUCUCCACUGUGUAUGCCUAAGAGACAAAGAGACUGUAUCCCUGGACUCCAUUGUCAUUGACAGCCAGAGUGUUUUUAUGAAUGUGAUGUCCCAAUUCAGCCAGCAGCCAUUUGUAAACACCUCAUAAUCUGGCAGCCUCUUUAUACCCAGAUACUGCAGUGCACUGGAGAAUUUCCUCUGGACCGGCCCAGGGGCCUUGAGAAAAUUGUUUUUGCAGGCCACCAGCUAAUGUAAAAAUAUGUUGACAAAACUCAUGACAUCCCAGAGACCACCCUUUCCUUGGCGCAUUCAUUCAUAUAAAAUAUCAGAUUUAUCAGUGUCCGUUUCAUCCAUCAUGGUUGGCUGUGAUUAGUAAACUGCCCUCAACACUCUGUUAAUCACCAUUGUCUUGGUCACGGGUAGGUAACCUUUUAGUAGUACUGUGCCAAAUGGAGAUUUUAAAGUCCAUUGGCGUGCCGGUACUAUUUUUGUUAAAUUGAGGUGUGUAUGUUGCCGUAUUCUGCUUGUGUUAUUUGUGGGUGCCGCAGUUGCUUUGUAGCAUUGUAUUUGUGCCUAUGUGGGCUGUUACAUUGUAUAGAAUUCGUUCAUGAGUAGUUUGUGGUAUUGUGUAUGGUUGUGUAUGAUACCUAUGAAUGUGGGCUGUGUAUAGGGGCUGUUUGUUGAAUUGUGUGUGGAUGACAUGUCGCAUUGUGUGUUUGUCUGUGUAAGAGGAUAGUCCAUAGUGUUGUGUUUGUGUGGGGACUAUUCGUAUAAGUUGGAGCCUCUUUCUGCAGCUUUGUGUUUACCUAACAGUGUGGGUGACUUCCCAGGGGUCCAGUAAGGACCGGGCUAGCAAGGUACAGGUCAAGGGCUAGAGCUGCCAUAGCUGCUUCGGGUUGCUCUACUCUAGUGCGGGGUUUUGUUCACCAGUGCUGGGCUAUAGUGAUCUGAGAUCACUUCCUUUAAAUGCUGCAAUGAAUAAAUUGAGGAUUGCCCUUCACCACGUGCAAUCACCACUCGGUUUACACUAAAGACUCCUGAUACACCCCCCUGUUUGGCUCUAGUAGUCUUGAGUGCUGUACAAAGGCACCCAGAGUGCCAUGCAUGGCACACGUGCCGUAGGUUGCUGACACCUGGUCUAGGUUGUACAAACUAACAAUGAUAAUGCAGAAGUGUGUACUGUACUCAGACCAAGUACCUCUGCCAGGACUACUCCCUAGCAGCUUUCAGAGACCCUGAAGUGCGUCAGACCCAAGCCAUCCUGGUUUGCUGUAAUUGGUAAACUGCCCUCAACACUCUGUUAAUCACUAAUACUCCUACAGCCAUAAAUUACAGAGCUUAUAACAAUUUUACAGUUUUAACAACUUUAAAAAAAAUGUUUACAACUCACAAAUACAUGUUGGUAUAAGUACCCAUAAUAUUAAAAUCCUGGGAAGCAUUUCCUGUUAAAAAUAUAUAUAUUCGAAAAUAAGAAAGGGGAUGAGGUAGCAUGACAUUGUGCUUGUGUGGUAUCAUAUUAGACUAUUUGUUUGUUGUUACUUUCUAGGCCAAAAAUAGCCUAAACCCAGUGUGAUCAUACAAGGCACACAUUUUCUCAUCAAUUCAUCUUAAUAAGCUAAGAAUUGGUACCAUGAAAAAAAUGCUGUAAAACAAAUUGCUUUUAAUGAAAGAACAAAAGGCUGUUUGUAGCAUAUUCAUACAUUUGUAAAUAUUGUUUAGUUUAUAAAGUGUCAAAUUAUAGGAAAAAUGAGUUUCAGAUGGCUGAUUCACGAUAAGAUAUAACAUUCUAUGAUCCUUGUUCAUAUUUAAACGUACAACUCAAAGUUUUUGACUGAGUCACUAUUCCUAAUUCUGGUCUCUGUUCCAUCAGGCUUGGGCUAAGGAGACUGGAAAAUUUCAGGAGGGAGUGGAUGAACCUGACCCAGCCAAAUGGAAAGCAAACCUUCGUUGCGCCCUGAACAAGAGCAGAGAGUUUAAACUGCUGUAUGAUGGCACUAAGGAAACCCCCAUGCAGCCCUUCAAGAUUUAUCAGCUAUGCGACCUUCCAGGACAGGUUGAAGGUGAGUUCAUGCGUGUAUUCACAUUCAGUCCUUUAUCAUUUCUGGAAAUAUAAUUUCCAAUGCAUCAUGGGAUGUAUACUUUUUGGAGAACUGCUAAAAUAUACUGCUAUUCAUAUCAAAAUAGCUUGCUAUACUCAUACCAAGUACCUCCGCCAGGUCAGCUAUCGGAGACCCAGAAGUUCGUCAUACCCAAUCACUGAAGCUUGGGUGGGGUCGCUGAGUACCUCCUCCUCCUCCCGGGGCCACGCCACAGUGAUUAUAGCUUUUAUACAUCCUUUCCCCCACACAUUAGUUGAGUCUGAAUGCAAAGGGUAGAAUUAAUCUUUAUUGUAAGGUCACAAUGUUGACUCUUUCCUCCUGGGGGUCUUUAUCCCUGUAAAGCUCAUCACCGAGCGCCCUUGCUGUCCAAAUAGCGCCAUGAUCAGAGAAUCCGUACCUUAGAUACAGCAUGUUAAACUUUUAAUGCGGCUAUUCUUCAAUCCGGCGACUAUUUCCAGGAAUGCGGCCGCUUUGUGCAGAUCUCCAAAAAGGGGUUCCCCUCUGGGCAGGGGAGUGCUUUCAAGCCCAAAGUAUCUUUCGAUACCUCCCUGACCUUCACUCCAAACAGUGCUCUUUGAAAGUUAGGGGGCUAUCUGCUAAACAGCUGCAAGACCGCAGCACAGUUCAGAAUUUCAUUCUUUGGAAUAAAAUUCCGAACUGAAAAUAGUACAGAAUUUCAACCGAACACGAAUGAACAAACUACAGAUAUUCGGUUUGUAAGAAAAUUGGUAAAUUCACCGGUGCCCUAGUUUAAAUGACAGAUCAUUCAGUCAUGGCGAAUGGGGGCAUCGCGAGAACGUGGAGGAGGUUGAAUAUUGUGGGAAAAAGUUAUUUGACACAGGAAAUGGAGCUGACUUAAGUUUAUCCUUUGGUCAAAAAAAGUCAAGUGUAUGAAAAAUACAUAGGGCAAAGUAGUCCCUACUUCAUCUUAUGUUUUAAAGAAAACUAGAUCAGGUAUGAAGAAAAGGAGUGCUUUCCAGUGGAUUCUGAACGAGAAAGAGUUUGGCAUGACACUUUGAAUACAUAAUUUAGCUGGACUGUUAAUGUGUGUUUUUUUUGUAAUUCAUUUUUACAUAAUCUACACUGGAAUGUAAGGACUUUGAGGAGGAAGUGGCAUUCAAUCCUUUUUCUCCCUUUUUUCAAUUUAUAUUCAAGGGAGAAUUGGGUGAUGAUAACAUUAACUCUUAAAGUGAAUUGUCCAAUUUGAGAUAGAAUACAGAUAAAAAAAUUUUUUAGUUCAGUAAGCUAAACACAGUUAUUCACGAAAGUGAGAAUUGUCUGGAAUUCAAAGUCAAAUUCAAACUUAAAGCCAAAAUUCUCAGUCUCCUUCCAGUUCAGCUGUUUUGGCCUUAAAUUUUGAAAUUCUCUUUAAAAUUCGUACUUUCAUGAAUAACACUUUCUAAAUAUUUAUACAUUGUAAACAUUUUAAUGGCUAGGUCUCCUCUUUCCUCACUAGCUCAUUUAUUAUAUUAUCUUGAACCUUUUGAACACGAGAAAUGUAUUUAUUUUUUUUAACUAAAAAUGUUACUAGUAGGGGAAUGACAGAAUUUUGUUUUUGGUUUGGGAUCUAUUUAGUCCAUUACUGUUCGCUCUAGAACAUACAUGCAAGAAUGAUGCUUUGUUUUCUUCUGCACUGAAUGACUAGCAGAGAUCCAAAUUUGCUAAAUCUCAUGCCCUUUUAUUUUUUCUAACGAUGCAAUGCUUUCUGUCUCCACAGAGCCACCUGUGGAUGAAAAUGGUUGUGAGGAAGAGGAUGAGGUGAGGCUCAUAACACUAUUGAAGUGUUCACAUUUUCGUCCAUUCUUUUAAAGUUUUCCUUUCUUCUACUUUAGAUGAAAAGCCCUCUGUUCCUCUGAACUAUUUCCUGUCACCCAGUUAGCAAUGUAUUUCUUUUAAUUACAGAUUGAUCACAUAUUCCCAUUGCUUGACAUCAGUGAUGAGUCUAAGAAUAUUCCUGUUUCAGUGCCUGCAAUUCAUUGGAGACAAAGUAAGACCUUUAUCUAGUUUAUAGACUGUAAGCUCGUUUGAGCAGGGCCCUCUUUAACCUAUUGUUCCUGUAAGUUUUUGAUAUUGUCUCAUUUAUUGUUAAAUCUCCUCCUUUGAUAAUAUUGUAAAGCGCUACGGAAUAUGCUGGCGCUAUAUAAAUACCAGUAGUAAUAAUAAUAAUAUAAUUUGGAGGAACUCUGUGUCCUUCAAAAUAAUAAAAUUGUAUUUUAUACUUGAUUUAUAUGUCCACAAUGAUGUUUUAAAAUGUUUUUGUUUAUUAAUUAUUCUGUCAUUUUAUUAAUUGUAUAAUUCUAAAUUGACUACCAAAGAUUAUUUUUUAUUUUGUAAACUAAACUCAGCGGAGCACUGGUAGGGUUUUGGCAAAAACACCGAAAACGUAACGUUUGAAAUGCUGCAUCUUCUCGUGAACAAAUAUCUUGACUUCUCUCGUUUACCUGUUUCGAAGACAGUGUAUCAAACUAACAAAGCUGUUUAUUUAUUAAACCGCAAGUUAAUUUGUAAAUUGUAAAGAUUUAUAGGCCAAGUCUGAACAAUUCUCCAACUGAGGUAUACCCAAAACUUUGCUUGUUUUGUAUAAAUUUGUAGAUUUGAAAAAGGAAUUGCACAUUUUGAAGCAACGGUUGAAGAGUCAUUUUCACGGUUGUUCAAUUUUUCGGGUUAUUCAUUAAAGUGAGAAGUAUGAAGAAUUCAAAGUGAUUUUCAAGAUAGCUGACUUGGAAAUAUUCUCCAAGUCACCCAUGCUUCCAGUGCGUGUCUGUGUUCGUGUUGGACACGUUUGACCAUCAUUACAUAGAGAAUUUCUGUUUGUGUAACUGACAGUAUUAUACUUGCAGAUCACUUGCAUCAUCAUCCUGUUGUUGAUCCAUAUAUCUGGCCCAAAUCAGAACCUGGAUUCAUCAGCUCUUGUGGAAGAAAUGUAUUUCAUGGACGUCAGGAGCUCAUACAACACAACCAGACCCCCCCAGCUCCUGCUGUGACGCCAUCAGUGCCAGGGACAUACGCAGGAGUGGAGCUUUCCCCCCAGCCCCCAUUGGCUCCACAGACAGGAGUAAUCCCUAUGCCAGAUUUGGUUCCUCCACCAUCAGAUGCAGUGCUACCCAUACAAGGCGUGAUUACUGCACCAAUUGAUCAAGGGAUUCCAGAAAUGCUUGUCAGCCCCCAGAUGCUUCCAUGUGAGUAUUCUAGGUGGGAUCACUGUUAUUUUGCUUUGUUUGUGUCCUAAAAUUGCCAAGUAUUCUGCAAUAGCUGUUACUCCCUAACAUAAAUUCCAAAGUGUCAAAUUAACAUAUGCAGGGCUAUUCACUAAACUCUGUAUUUCACAAAUUAAUUCAUAACGGCAAAACUAUAUAAAAUUAGCUGAUCAGGAAAAAUUCUCUGAUUCCGCAAUAGUCAGUUUGGAUAUUUAUUUAUUUAUUUUUGUCAGUUUUUCUUUUAUUGAGGCUCAGUGUAUCAUAACAGAAUAAAGAAAAUGGGUUAUAGCAGGUGAUCACAUUUCAAGUAUACAUUUGCAGCUUACAGUAUAACCGGAAGCAUAUCUGCCUCUUUUUUUAAUAUAAAAUAUAAAGCAACUCUGGUAACUAAUCAAACUUGUCUGGAAUGUCAUUGCAGUAUUAGGCGUGCAAAAUAAACCAGUCAUGAGAAGUAGUUGGAGUGUGACAAUUUCAAACUGUAUAUUUCUUGUUUGCCGUCUAUAGCAAGUGGUGACUGUGUGCAAAGUAAUAAUGACUAGGAUGACACUCUGCAACUGAAUCCUAAGUUCGGUAUUGGCGCCUAGGUUUAAGUAUGGUAAAUUAAGAAAGCUGAGUGGGUCAGGGCAGUUCCGUACUGCUAAACCGUUUAUGGAAAGACCGACUGAUCAAAUGUUCCUCUGGUCAUGUGAGGUGUACAUUAGUUAUAUAUGUGGUGUUACAAUCGAGCCUGCCCUGUCACUAUAGCAAUAGCAAGCACUUCAUAAACCUAUAUCAUCCUAACAUUCAGUAAGCUUGCACUGUUUGCUAUGUUAUAGCAGAUCAUAGUAUUAGGCUGGUCAAAGGGACUUGCAAAGCCAAAAGACAAGAGAACUGUGGUUUUUGCAAGCUAUUUUUUAGAAAUCCUCCCCUAAUGAAAAAAAAUGCAUAUAUAAAUACAUGCAUUUUUUUAUUUGGGGCAUAUCUGCUGAACAGUGAUAUUUAUUAUUUCUGUAUUUGGGCAGUGGAGUAUCCCUUUACGUUGAAUGGUAAGGUAGGAGUACAGGGAUUACCUAGCAAUACAGCAUGUACAUGUUUCCAACUCUUUUCCUUGCUAUCCUGACUCCCGUAAUUGUCGAAGCUUGAGUAGAGAGACGGGGGUAGGGUUCCUGGAGUGGAGCAUUAGGACAGGCCUCAUCGUGUUUUGCUUUGGACCCAAGGCCCCCAUGUGUUUUUAGAAGCUAACAAAACACCUGAUGACUUCUAUUUGAUAAUACCAGCAUUUUAAAAAACAUAAAAAAUGCAGAUAUUACCCCUUUAAUUUAAAAGUCCUGUGUUUACAUCUAAGGUGAAUGUUGUGAUGUCAGACAUAAUUGUUUGUAAAAUAUGAAAGUAUAAGUUCUGAACUUAUUAUCAGUGGAAAUUAUCUGAGUUAAAUAACCCUUUCUGUAUUAUCUAAAUUGGAAUGUAUGUAUGUAUGUGUAUAUAUAUGUGUGUAUAUAUAAAUAAGAUUUUCACAGGAUUACACACAACUGCUCCUUAGAAUUCACAUGAUCUUGUUAAUGUGUAAUACAAGUCAUCUCAUUAGUAUGGCCUACUCAUACUGUGUCUAGCAAUUACACUGAUAUAAAAUAAUGCAACAUUUUAUGAUAAUGUAUACACAGUUAACCUAAUUGAGCCGUGGUAUAUGUUGAGAAAGUAGUGGUUUAGACAAUGUCACAAGGUAGGCGAAGGAGGGAUUUUAAAUGCCAAGGUGGCCGUGAACAACAAAGAAGAUUGGAACACUGUCUGGCAAGGUGGGCUAGGAAAAGGUUGUCUGGGUAGAAGGCAGCUUGCUAGGAAAGCUGGAAAUUAACUAGUUGGAAGAAAGGCUGGCUGAGAUAAAAUGCAGCUAGUAUAGAGGGAGGAAAGUUAAGGUGGCUAGUUAGGUGCUAUCUGGGUUGGAGAAUAACAAAUGUAAUUAGUUGGAACGUAGGUUGGUGGUUGGUUGGUUGGGAUGGAUGGAAUGUAGCUAGUUAGGAAAUGAUGAGUUAGUUGGCUAGUUGGGAGGAAGUCCAACAUUUUAGGAGGGAUGCUAGUAAGAAAGGAUAUCUUGGAGGGAGGAUGGCUGUCUGACUGGGUGGAUGUGGCUAGUUAGGAGAGACAAUUACUAGCUCAGAGAGAAGAAAAUUGGGUGGUUUGGAAGGGAUAUGUGGUUAGCUAGAAGAGAUGGAAUGUAGCAAGGAAGGAAAUUGGUCAGAUGAAUAACUAGGAGAGAGAGGUACCAAGCAAUCUUAAAGGACAACUAUGUAUCCUCAAACCAUCAGAUAGUUUGCCUUGUGUAUUCAAACCACAUAGAAGGCACAUAAAUAAACCAACUAUGUUCUAUGAUCCCAUUAGAUUACCUGUUAUUACCUUUUAUUCCUUUCUGCAGUGACUGACUUGGAAAUAAAGUUUUUAUAUAGAGGAAAGCAGGCUGGGUCUUUGGUGGUCAGUAACCCUCACGGAUGCCGUCUGUUCUACAGUUACAUAGAACCUACCCCAGAGCAAGUAGAGCUUUUUGGUCCAACUACUCUUGAACAAGUUCGUUUUCCAGGAACCGAAGGGAUUGGUAAUGAGAAACAGAAGUUCUACACCAACCAUUUGCUUGACGUUAUGGAUCGUGGGCUUAUCUUGUCACUACAAGGGCAGGAUAUAUAUGCCAUCCGUUUGUGCCAAUGCAAGGUCUUCUGGUCUGGACCCUGUGCGAACAACAUUCAUGGCCCAAACCCAAUUGAGAGAGAAAAAAGAGUCAAACUAUUCAGUCUGGAGACUUUUCUGAACGGUAAGAUUAGAAUGCUAUAGUAAAGUAGCGCAGAGCAUCUAAGAGACAUGUGUUCUAUAGAACCCUGGAACCCAAAUAAAUUAUAUGUUCAAUAUGUAUAUUGUUGUUAUUCCCCAACAAGCCAGUACUCUAGGUCUCGAAAACAAAACUUUUUAUGUCCUGAAGAAAGUUCAGAACCUGAACUGAAACGUUGACAACUAUGCACUGAUAAAAUAAAAAAGAAGACGUUUUGUUUCCAAGACCUAGAGUGCUGGCUGGUUGUGAAAUAAUGAUAUUAUAUAUUAUAAGAAUUAUCGGGUUUGCCAGAUGUACAGUUGCAAAAAGCCAUACAAGAGGUGAGAGAAAAAUCCAUUUGAAAUCAAUGCUUUAUAACCAUUUGCUGCUUAAUGCUUUUAAUCCAUCAGAAAAUAGAUGAAUUACAAAUCUGAUCAGUGACCAGAAAAUCUAUAGAUACGUCCGUGGUAGACUGCUCUAAGUUGAGAAUCUUCCUUAGUCCUGUUCUCUCACCUGAAUCUUAUGUGUAUUUUCAAACUUAUAUCUAUAUAUUUUUUUAAACUGAAACUAUACUGUGUCUGUAAUAGUGACACUCAUUGUUUAGAAUUUCAAAUAAUUUUCAUUUGGGUGGACAGAAAGACAAUUAAGAAAUGCAAGUACAUAUUGAUCGUUAUUUGGUUGUUUAACAGGAAGUAUAAACCUUUACUUUUAAAUUGAAAUAUGGCUUAUUUUUAGUAGAGCUACACUGAUACAAAGAAAGUUUGAAAUGUUAAAUAAUGGUUGUAUUUGCUUGCAAACCACAUUGGGGUAGAAAAGGGGGGAUAGUUUUUAUCCAUUCUUCCAAUAGCUUUUAGGAUAUUGGCUAAUAUUCUGUUUUUUCCAGUGAGUCGGCAUUGCUAGCCAGUGUUUGUUUUGUUUAGUUUUUUUCUUUAAAUCUUCUCCACCGUAGAAGAGUGGUGGGGAGGUGUGAGUCACUCCUCACGAUAAUUUAGAAAGCUGAAGGCCACUGGGAUACAAAAGGAUGUCAUAUCCCGGCAGCCAACAUGCUGGUAAAUGGAGGCUACACAGUGAGGCAUCCAGGCAGCAUCUGGCUAGGAACUGCUUAAUUAAAAUGUAGUGUAUGUCAGUAUCUUUGUAUGAGUCACUGGGUGUGUCAGUGAGUGUGUAGGAGUUGUCAUGUGCAUCACUGUGCUUGUAUGGGACACCCUGUAUGUUAGUGUGUUUGUAUGUCACUCUGUAAAUAAAUGUGUAUCAUUGAGUGUGCCUGGCUCACUGUGUAUGUCAUUUUGUGACUUGGUCACUAUGUGUGUUAGUGAGUGUGUAGGGGGUCAGUGUGUAUUGGUCAUGGAAUGUUUGUGUCGGUUUGUUUGUAUGGGUCACGGACUGUGUGUCAGUGUGUGCUUAUGGGUCACUGCUUGACUAGCAGUAAGUGUGUGACUGCCAGUGUGUUUUUUGUAUGUGUACCUAAGAGUGUGCAUGUAUUGGUCUGUGAAACUGCAUGUCCGUGAGCAGAAAUGUGUGUGUGCAUUCACUAAACUGAGUUGUAGAAAGUGAAAAUCCUAAUUGUAUAAUUUAGGCCAAUACAACUGAUUUGGAAAAAGUAUACAACUCGGCUGUAGUGGCAGGUAGAUUAGUUUAGCAUAAAUUUUGGAAUUCAAAUUAAAAAAAAUUACUUUAGUAAAUAACUCUACCUGUCUUCCAGUCUUUCUGGAAACCUAGUAUAUGCAAUGAAGAGUAUGCUCAUAGAAUUUAAGCAAAAAUAUAAACAAAAAGUAACUUAGUUAUUAGAAUCAGAUGUACAAUAGCAUACAGUCAUGCUUUAAUCCCAUUACCAAAUUUUUCACAAGAAUGCAUGGUAAUGAGGAUGAAAGCAGCUCAUUAGUUUAUUUUGUCCUAUCAGAGCGCUCUCAUUUUGGAGAGAUAUUUUCCACAUGUAUAUUUAUGCACUAUUUUGGCAUAAAGCAUGAUUGUUUAUUCCUGGUCUGUUCCUCAGGCGGGUGCAGAUCACUAUGUGUGCUCCCUCUCAAUCCUUAACAGGAAGCAUUUUUUUCCAGUGAUCUGCACCCACUGAAGUUACAGAACCUUCCACUGGACUGCUAGGGAGCUACAUCUACACCAAAUGGGCCAAUAGAGAGUAGGGCCAGAACACACUCCCACUGGUCCACCAGAGAGCAGGCCAUGAACACAGCCACACUGGGCCUCCAUGGAGCAUGGCCCCACACAUACCUUCUCUACUGAUCCAUACACGUAUAUAUAAACGGAGCCAUGCAACACACUGGGUCAUAGCCAUACACAUAUACAUUGAUCAACCACAACAUUAAAACCAUUGGCAGGUGAAGUGCGUAACUAUUAUAUUGUUACAAUGGCACCUGUCAUGGAGUGUGAAAUAUAAGACAGCAUAUAAACAGUCAGUUUUUGAAUUUCAUGUUUAAGACUAUGGGUGAUCUGCACCCACUGAAGUUACAGAACCUUCCACUGGACUGCUAGGGAACUACAUCUUAGAACCAAAUGGGCCAAUAGAGAGUAUGGCCAGAACACACUCCCACUGGUCCACCAGAGAGCAGGCCAUGAACACAGCCACACUGGGCCUCCAUUAACUUACUCAGUUACAUUUUAUCUUCACCUGUUACACAUUGAGUGAGUGGAUAAGUUCCCUCUUGGAUAUAAGGGGGUCCUGGUGGCCCCUGUUAAUUAUUAACCUUCAAAAAUUAAGUUUGAUAGUAGGACAGAUACCCUGACUUUGCACAUUGCUAAUAUGGUAGGCUUCAGGACAAUGUAACUACCAAAGUAUUUUUAUUAUCACUGGUAUACAUUGUAUUUGUUGCUAUGUAUCUGCAUUGUUUUUGUUUUUAAUAAAUGUCUUGACUUGUAUCGUGUUAGCAGUGUUGCUUGUUGUAUUGUUAGAAGACUUUCAAGACCGCAUUUGCUCAUGAGAUCUCUUUACAUUUCUAAAUAUUUGCUAUUUUGUUCUUGUCAAGUGCCUUAAUUCCAGAUUUGUAAGUAUAUGGCUAACCUAGACUGCAGCAAUUUUGCCCACAAUAUCAGCAAAUGUAAACAACCAAGAAAAAUAUUGAACAUUUCAGUUACUUUAAACCUAUCACUGCCUUAAUAUGUGGACUCUGACUGAAGCCAGCCAAACGUGUAAUAGCAGGGGAAUGCCAGUGCUAUCACAUCAAUGCAAAUAAAUGCAGUGCGUUGUUGUUUGUUUGUUUGUUUUUUUUAUAGUAAGCGUUUGGUUUUCGAUUAAUCAAUCAAUAUUCUUGUUCUCAAAACUCAACCAAGCCUGUAUUGGACAGUUACUUUAAACCUAUCACUGCCUUAAUAUGUGGACUCUGACUGAAGCCAGCCAAACGUGUAAUAGCAGGGGAAUGCCAGUGCUAUCACAUCAAUGCAAAUAAAUGCAGUGCGUUGUUGUUUGUUUGUUUGUUUUUUUAUAGUAAGCGUUUGGUUUUCGAUUAAUCAUUCAGUAUUCUUGUUCUCAGAACUCAUUGCCUGUCAGAAAGGACAAACCAACUCGCUGCCUCCUUAUGAAAUAUUCUUCUGUUUUGGGGAGGAAUGGCCAGACCAAAAACCCAAGGAGAAGAAACUUAUUACUGUGCAGGUAAGUACAUGUACAUAUUACAGCAGUGUGUUCCAGGUUACUGGCAUGCCAUGGUUCAGCCAUUAUAGUGUGUAGUUUUCUUUGUACUAACUUAUUAAGUCUGCAUUCCACCUCCAAUCUUAAAGGGACACUAUAGGCACCCAUACCACUUCAGCUCAUUGAAGUGGUCUGGGUGCAAUGUAAAACUUUGCAGUACUAGAGAAACUGCAAUGAUUACCUUGCAGGACUAGGACUGUCUCUAGUGGCACUUCUUGCUUGCUAGGCAACUUUUGGUCCCCUAACUGAAGACAUCCAGCAUCUGUUAAAUCCUCACAGGAAAGCAUUGCAGCAAUGCUUUCCUAUGGGGAGGGCCUAAUAUGCUUGCGCAUCGGGUGACAUCAGAGGAUGCGGAGCACCAACCCAGCACCGAGGGAAAUCACUGGAAUUAGAUGAGUACAGAAAGGAUUUUUUAAUCCUUUGUAAGCUGGGGGAGUGUGAGGUGGGGGGGCAGGCCAGAGAGAGAUGAUUUGUAUUCCAUACACUAUAGUAUCCCUUUAAGGUUGCAAUGUAAUUUAUUUGUUUUUUUUUGUCACCAAGCGCAAGCCCAGCAUUUUCCAAUUUAGAAAUAUUAUUUCGUAUUACCCCUAAUCUUAAAGCAUACAUUUACUUUGUAAGUAUCCCUUAGAGUUAUUGUUAUGUAAAUGCUGCAUAAGAACCUCUAUUUAAGAAUGACGAAAUGUGGAUUUAUAUACAUUAAAAAUGCUUGACAACUGUCAAAGUGCCCCUGUUUUGGCACAUCCUGAAAUAAUUCAAUUAGAUUUACAGCACAUUUUUUUUGUUUUAUUCCCACUGUGGAUCUUGUCCUCCUUCUGUACAUCUCCGACCACACUUUCUACCUUUAUAUGGCAUUAAAUCUAUUGGUCCUGUUUUAAUUAUAGGUAAUCCCUGUGGCAGCUCGUCUACUCUCUGAAAUCUUCACAGGAGAGUCUUCGUGGUCAGCUGAUAGUAUUAAACUCCAGAUUUCCCAUCCAGAUCUGAAAGAUAAAAUGGUGGAACAAUUUAAGGAGCUCCACCAGUUGUGGCAGAGCCAGCAAGCCCAAGCCAUGGCCACAGAUGUCGGAACAUCCAAUUCAGGGGGAGAUGUGGGCCCUUGGCCUAUGCAUACCGGUAAUAUGCAAUAGCAAGACCCAUUUCACAGCAUACACUCUGUUUAGGUGAUGCCUGCGGUCUUCAAAGUAUCUUGGGAAAAGUCUUGAUUAUAUCGAAAUAACUUCGGAGAAAUCUGUUACCAAACAUACUUCUUAUUUUAUGAUGUUUCCCAUAAACCUUAUUCCUUUUCUCAGAACUGCUAAAAGUUUAUACUUUGUACUUUCCACAGUCAUUUUGGAAUCUAUAAUUGUAUAGUUUUAUUGACUUUCUGAUUUUUUUAUUUUUUUUUUUAAUUCUUUCCUCCUUUUUUUUAUUUUAAAAGAAUGAUAUAGCUAUAACAACUACUCACAACUAUUUGUUGAUGAUCGUUAAAAGGGACAUCUGACGUUAAUUCCUAGACGUUUGCUUUAUUAUAUAUGUAGUAUUUUCCUUCAUUCAGAAUGAUGCUAAUUAACUUUUCUGCUGUUGACUUUGCAGAUUUUUCCUUACAGCAGAUACAACAUAAAUUUCCUGUAGCUACACUGUGACUUUCACGUAUUAUGACUAUUUGUCAUGCACAUAGACAAUACAAAUCAGUUAGACAAGGCUCUGGUUGUAUUAAAGGUUCCUCUUUGGUUGAAAUGCAUUUGUUAUUUUAAAGAAAUUAAUGCACGCGCUACUUCUGUUUUAUGCUUGCCAUUGCAUGCUUCAAAAGAGAAUAUUUUGGUUGUAUUUUUUUAAAUAAGUGGAAAUUCCUGCUUCAGGUUCUUUUGUUUAUAUUUGCACAAAAAGAUAGUUUGUUUCUUUGCACAAAUGUACAUAAAUCACUGGUUUCCCUCAUAAAUCAUUUUAUAUGUUUAAAAAUAAAAAUAAUAGUAAUAAAAUUCACCCACAGCAUGUGCACAAAUAAAAUAGCUAAGUGAAUACAACCAUUUUCAGGUCACGGUCUUAUAGAAUUAGUGCUGCUAACAUUUUGGCAGCCAAUCAGAAUUUGUAUCAGAGGAUAUAUUCAAUAUAUCAGAACUAGAAAACCUUUAAGUUAAGAAUAAGCAGCUACCUUAAAAUAAUCUGUGUUCUUGUUCUAUUACUAGGCAAGAGCCAUAACAUGUUGUAGGCUUUAUAUUUUAUCUAUAAAAUGCUAUUGAAAUACACAAGGUUGGGUUAGUUACAGUUGUAUGUUGUACAAUGUUCAUCAUUUGAUAAUACUAUUGGUAUACAUGUAUCACCAACAGGUUUGUGAUAACACAAGACGGUAAACACUGCACAUUAUGGGUAGUCCAUGCAUAGUACAGGUGGUGGAUAUAGUUCAAUUAUUAAUGUGUGACUCCCCCGCCAAAUAAAUAAAGGGAAACCAGUAAAUCAUUAGCAUCCAAUUUUACUAUGUAGCCCAAGCCUUGCCAUACUUGGCCUUCUUGUCUAGUCCAGUAAUCUCCAAACCAGGUCUCAUGUACCUUCAACAGUUCAGGACUUAGCAUAUCCCAAUUCUGAUCCACAAAAGGUACUAAUAAAGCCUAGAUGAGGUGUAGGCAACCUUCGGCAUUUCAGAUGCUCUGGACUGCAGCUUACAUUAUGCUUAUUCCCUGCACUUUGGUGUUUAGCAAGUAAAUGCCAACUAGAUCAAUCCCAAAAAAUGUUUUACAUAAAGUCUUUAGAUACAUUUAUACGUAAGCUCAGACUGAACUAUAAGUACAACUAACAACAUAUCUGAUAGAAAGUAGAUUUGCACCAACUGUAGUCCUGUAACAAAUAGGUAGCUACAUGUACACAUUCAGCUUCCCCUAAAGCAUAAACUUAGAAAAUAGAUAAAUAGGAUAACCAUUAUUAUCAUCUUAAGGACAGGAAUGCUUCACCUUUUAUUACCCACCAUGGGAAACAGAAUUGUACAUAUUAAGUUCCUGCAUUAAGUAUUGAUGAUAAGGAAAACUAGUUUUUCUGUCUAGGUACACUUACAUGGCUUUCCAAGCCGCACGCAGUUGCAGUUUAUUUUUGUAGCUUUAUUAGCCUUAGUUGUACAUUUGUUUUAUUUUUAAUAUGUGCACAGAAAAAAAAAUGUAAAAGGGAAUGUUCUUAUCAGAGUUAUGUAUUAUAAGAGUUAUAUAUAAAUGCAAGCGUAUGUAAUUACAUUUUCAGUUUUUAUAGAUGUCUGUAUUUUGAAUUGUUUUGUUAUUAAAAAAUAAAGUUCCCUA